GAUUCCAUGACAGCACACGCUAUCCGAGCGGCUCGGUAGGCGGCUCCUUGGAUCGUCACAGGUCCCGUGAUCGCCGCAGCACCAGGAAGUCUUCUCGCAGUCUGGGAAGCUCACACGGCCGGGCGGCUCCACUGCACCUCGAGGCCCCUGAAGUUCGUAUCGUGUCCGAAGCCGCUCCACUGCAGCCAUGGCUACCUUUAUCUCGGUGCCGCUGAAGAAGACGUCCGAGGUGGACCUGGCCAAGCCGCUCACCAAGUUCAUCCAGAGCGUGUACCCGGCCGGGGACGAUAGGACGGAUUACUGCCGGGCGGCCGACGAGCUGAACAAGCUACGCAAGAGCGCCGUGGGGAGACCCCUGGACAAGCACGAGGGCUCGCUGGAGACCGUCAUGAGGUACGCGAUGCCCCCCCUCCCUCAGCGCCCGCAGAGCUUCCCAGCCAGAAUGCGGCCUAUAGCCACGGGCUGCUCCGUGCUUCCUGGUCUAAUAUGCCUCCUGUCAUUGUGCAAUCUCUGUCCGAGCUGUUACAUGUCGUGAUAUCCAUUAGUUUCAGUGUUUGACACAGGAUGACGUCGUUAAUGUCAUGACGUCACGUGAGCAGUGAUGAUGUGUGACUCAUAUGUCAACAUAGUGACAUACUAUUGUGUAUUGUGGGAAAUUAAUGCCUUGUAAUAAUUUAGGAUUCAACAUAAAUCACAAGGUCAAGAUAUAUUUUGAGUUUUUAUUUUUUUUAAUUUUAUUUAUUAUAUAAAUAUUUAAUUUACUUUUGUGUUCCUUAGAAUAAAUGGCAGCAGCUACAAUUACAUGUUGCUUAUCUGUACUCCUUCUCCCUGACUGACAUGCCAGUAGAGUAGACCUGAGAGAAAGAGACCCAGUGGGCAGUAUUUAUCAGAGAAUUCAAAUCUUUUAGCGGAUACACAAAGUACCAAAGCAACUUUAGUUUUUAUAAAGCAGUUUUGAUGUAUAGUUUAUACCACUGCUAAACUUCAUGCAGUUAGUAGUUUAAAAAUCACUUUGUUUAUGCAGCCCUGUCUGUGACUCACCAAUUAUGAAAAAAGUUAAUUUUUACAGCACAAUGUUUUUACUGUAGAAGUUUUCGUCUUGCAAUUGACCUUUAAUCCUUUAUCAACAUUAGGGCUUGCUUUGGCGAAUUACAACAGAAGGGCUUUUAAGGGACACUCCAGGCACCCAGACCACUUCUGGCCAUUGGAGUGGUCUGGGUGCCAACUCUCACUACCCCUAAAGGGAAACUCCAGUGCCAGGAAAACAAUCUGUUUUUCCUGGCACUGCAGGUCCCCUCUCCCUCCCACCUCCCAUCCCCGGUUGCUGAAAGGGUGAAAACCCCUUCAGGUCACUUACCUGAGACCUCGGCGGUGGUUUCUUCUCGCCGCCGCUCCUCCCAGUCUUUACAUCGGCCGGCGGGCGAGACUGAUCCCGCCCACCGGCCGGGGAGACCUAAUGCGCCUGCGCAGCAAUGCUGCGCAUGCGCAUUAGAGCUCCCAUAGGAAAGCAUUGAAAAUGCUUUUCAGUGCUUUCCUAUGGGGAAUUGAGCGACGCUGGAGGUCCUCACACAGCGUGAGGACGUCCAGCGACGCUCUAGCACAGGUUUUCUGUUCUAUAGAGCAGGAAGUGCCCUCUAGUGGCUGUCUAGUAGACAGCCACUAGAGGUGGAGUUAAACCUGCAAGGUAAUUAUUGCAGUUUAUAAAAAAAACUGCAAUAAUUACACUUGCAGGGUUAAGGGUAGUGGGAGUUGGCACCCAGAUCACUCCAAUGGGCAGAAGUGGUCUGGGUGCCUGGAGUGUCCCUUUAACCCUUCAAGUGUAAUUAUUGCAGUUUUCAUAAACUGCAAUAUUUACUUUGCAGGGUUAACUCCUCCAUUAAUGGCUGUAUACUAAAAAAAUACUCUAUGUACCCUGUUUUGAAUAACCUGGGUUGUCUAUGAUAUGCCAUGAUGGAGGUUAUUUUCAUUCCUGGGCUGCCAUAUGUUCUCAAAGACAACAUAGACCCAGCAAACCAAUCUGGAAGAUAUCAAUGUGUAAAAUCUGAGAUUGGCAAGCUCUUUAUUUGACCCUUUAAAGGAACACUCCAGGCACCCAGACCACUUCAGCUAAUUGAAGUGGUCUGUGUGCUGUGCCCCUAUUAAACUUAGUGCUGCAAUGUAAAACAUUGCAGUUCCAGACAACUGCAGUGUUUAUAUUGCAGCUCUAAGUCUGCCCUUUGUGGAUGUCUGCCAGACAGCCACUGGAGGGCUCCCGGAAUCCAAACCGACUUUUGGUCGGUUGUCUGAUGCUGGACGUCCUCACGGACCUCCAUCGUCAGAUUUUCCCCAUAGGAAAGGAUUGAAUAAUGCUGACGUCGGCGGGGGAGGAGCGUGUGUGCGAAGCCUGACCCAGCGCCGAGGGACAUCGGCGAUGGAUUCAGGAAAGUAGCUGAGGAGUUUUAAACCCUUCAGUGACAUGGGGUGGGGGGCACUUCAGGAUCCUGCAGUGCCAGGAAAACUGCUUUGUUUUCCUAGCAAUGGAGAGUUCCUUUAAAGGGACACUAUAGUCACCAGAACAACUACAGCUUAUUGAAUUUGUUCUGGUGAGUAGAAUCGUUACCUUCAGGCUUUUUGCUGUAAACACUGUGUCUAAAAUGCAUCCAAACAUUCAGUAUCUCUUCCUUCUGCAUGCAGACACUGAACUUUCCUCAUAGAGAUUCAUUGAUUCAAUUCAUCUCUAUGAGGAGAUGCAGAUUGGCCAGGGCUGUUUGAAUCAUGCUGGCUCUGCCCCUGAUCUGCCUCCUUGUCAGUCUCAGCCAAUCCUAUGGGGAAGCACUGUCAGUGAGACAGCUACUAGAGGCUGGCUUAACCCUCGGUGUAAACAUAGCAGUUUCUCUGAAAUCAUGUUUUCAGCUGCAAUGGUUAAAACUAGAGGGACCUGGCACCCAGACCACUUCAUUGAGCUGAACUGGUCUGGGUGUCUAUAGUGGUCCUUUAACAGUGGGCUCCCAUUGUGGCUUUUUUUUCAGACGGCUUUUUUUGAGGCAAACAGCAUGCAGCGUUACAGCUACAGUAAGAUUUUGCUAUAUUUAUGGAGGCAUGAGGGGCCCAGGGGGGUAGAUGGUGGUUUUAACAUUAUAGGGUCAGAAAUAUAUGUUUGUGUUCCUGACCCUAUAGUGAUCCUUUAACUCUCCAAAACACCAUGAAACCUGAACAUGGGGAAAGAUCAUGGGACAUCACAGCAUACAAAUAUGUGUAUUUUGUUGCAGUAAAAGCUGACCAUAUUAUGACAUUCACAGUUAAAAUGCCAUGCAUAACUAAAACAAUUUAUUAAUUUCUCAUUUCUUUUAGAUUUUAUUAAUAUUAUUUAUUAAUAUUAGUUUGUUUCAUCUAUAAAUAUUUGAUGGGAAAUGAAAGCCCCAAUUUCUCCUGAACAAAAUUAUACCUGUAUGGGUGCAUUUAAAAGGACACUAUCACCAGACUGAAUAUAAUAAUUUCCUUCAGGCCUUUUGCAGAAAACCUUGUCUUUUCAGAGAAAAUGCAAUGUUUACAUUACAGCCUAGGCCCUGGGAUACCUCUCAUUAGUCACUCCUCAGGCUACUAAAGGAGCUUCCUUGAGGAGUGCUGCACAAUCCAUUCAAUGUUUCCACCCUGCAUGGAGACAAUGAGCGUUGCAAUGAGAUGCAUUGAUUCAUGGUAGUUUUGACACUAUAAGGUCAGGAAUACAUGUUUGUGUUCCUUUCCCUAUAGUGUUCCUUUAAUUUGAAAGAGGUAAAUUAUGGUUGUACAGACCUAUAGGUCAAAUUCCAGUUUUUGCUUUGGUUCAGAACUUGCCUCUGUCCUUGAUGGGUUGAUCUCACACAAGAGGUCCUGUUAGGUUCAGUCAAGCAAUUAACAGCAGGAGAUAAUUCAGAAAUACACUGUGCAUUAAAGAAAGCUAAAACAUUUUGGCUUUUUUUUUUUUUUUUUUAAAGGAAGUAUGUAGGGAGGUUGUGUGGGAAAUGUAACUAGGGCUGCAUAAGCAAAAUGCCUAAAUUGUUAAGAAUUAAGCGGUGAGACUGAACACUAAACACUAAAACCCCUUUUUUAGGAUGAAGUUGUUUUGGAGCUGCCUUUGGUGCAUUCAAUGCACCAUAAGCACUGGUGUCCACCGUAAUAAUUAUGGUGCCAUGAGUGCCCUGGUCCCAAUAUAAUUUGCCAACAGUUUUACAACAGUUUGACAACUUACCAAGGUCUUCUGGGUACCUGCCCACCAUCUAAUCUUGAAUGCAUUGCUCUGCUUGGCUCAGUAGACCUAAACAGAUUCUCCUGUUGAAGCAGGUGAUGAAGCUGUAGGUACCUGGCAAGACCCAGGCAAGUUGUCAUACUGUAUAAGAAAUUACACUGGGGUGCCCACAUAUCAUUUCUGUCACCAUUAUCACUACAGCAGGUUGUAAUGCUUAUGGUGCUUAAAGCAUUCAUUUGAAAGUAGUCCUAAUUAUGUGUUGCCUGUCUUCUUUGUAUAGUCCAACAUUUGAGAGGGGGAGCGCCUCCCUCUUCUGCUGUACGUAGGAGCGCCGGCUGUCACGUGACUACCCGGUGCUCCCCCUCGGCUGUUACGUGACUACCCCAAGGGUCUGGAUGGAGUGUCACGUUUAUGCUGCAGGUAGGCUUAAAGGACCACUAUAGUGCCAGGAAAACAAACUUGUUUUCCUGGCACUAUGUAGUCCUUAAAUCCCCCCCCUCCCGCUGGGCUGAAGGGGUUAAAACCCCUUCAUCCACUUGCCUUUCUCCUGCCGACGUAAGCGCCGAAUGCGCGCACAUUCAAACCACUCUUAGGAAAGCAUUACUCUUAUGGACGUCAGCGUCUUCUCACUGUGAUUUUCACAGUGAGAAUCACGGAAGCGACCUCUAGUGGCUGUCAGUGAGACAGCUACUAGAGGCUGGCUUAACCCUCGGUGUAAACAUAGCAGUUUCUCUGAAAUCAUGUUUUCAGCUGCAAUGGUUAAAACUAGAGGGACCUGGCACCCAGACCACUUCAUUGAGCUGAACUGGUCUGGGUGUCUAUAGUGGUCCUUUAACAGUGGGCUCCCAUUGUGGCUUAAGGACCGCCAGGUGUGAAGUUAUGUAACCUCAUCCCCACCACCCUAGAAACACAAUAAGACCAUACUUGGCUGAGAUAAUGGUAUAAUGUGACAGUUUUUGUUUUAUCAAGGUGGAUUGGGUGAUAGUCAUUGUAUUGGUAAAGAUGUCUGUCGGGUCCUCUUUUGCACCUCUUAGACUAAGCGUUUUUAAUAUUAAACAGAAUUUUAUUUUUUGCUGAGCCAUAUGCCAUGAAGCUACUGACGCUGCAACAUAGUUUGACAGUAGUCAGUAUGAUGUCACAGAUGGUUGCACUUCAAAAAUAGAUUUGGUAUGAGUCAUUUCCAAAAUUAAAUCUAAAAUCUAUUUUAAGAAUUUUUUUAUCUUGUGCUGGAACUGUGAGCAAAUUUGUGAAUUUUUUUUUUUUUUUUCUCUUCUCCAUUUUUAUUUUUUCCAGACGGUGGGCUUCCUUCUGAGUGGGUUGGGGAGGGGGAGGGGAGAUGACCUUCUCAUUUGUAGCCUCUGCCUCCAUGGAAGAAGCAGUUACGUCUGUGCCCAGUGUGCAGUGCACAUAGAUGCCAGAUGUAAUUUAUGCACAAAAUCUUUGGUUACUUAAUUCACGUGUGCUGGGAUUACAACUUGCCAAAUUGAAAUCUCACUGGCUGUGCAGUGUUUGAACAUAAAACUCUGCACACCCUGACUUUGACCACUAUGAUCAUUACAAAAAGCAUAAGUUUAACUCUUUAAAAAUGAAAGAUACCACCAGAGCUUUCUGCAUACUGGUUAGACUGGUUCGUAGGUUUGCCUGCAGCUAUGAAGAGACGUGUUUCCUGUGGCUUGCAGGCAUUGUGUGACAGGUUGAAGGAUCACCCUCCUUGUGAGUGUGUCCCUGCUAAGAUCCUCAAAGAAUGACAGGCUAGAAUUUUCAAAGUCCAAUAGCUGCUUAGCUGGGGCCGUGACAAUCACCACCCUUUUGUCAGCCAUGGAACGGUACACCACAAUAAUGUCCUGCAAGGGAGCAGCCGUGGGUCCCUUUGGAUGUUCUACUCGGAAGCUCCAUCCAGGAGUAUAAAUUUCACCUGCUAGGGUGGUAAGAGGGAGGAAAGGAAGUUGCGAACAUACUUGGGCAACUCUUCAACCGAGCUCUACACACCCAUGAUCUUCAUGUUGCGUCAUCCCAAUUCUUACAUUUUUUUUAUUAGUGAGGAAGUAGAGGAGAUCGGAAGGCCAUUAUCACUGGUGGGGUGCAUGCAGUUUCUGUAAGGUGCAGGGAACGCUGACUUUGCUACUGCAGAGUGCAACACUCCGCAACAUACAAUGACUUCAGUUUAAACAUCCAUACAGAUGUUGGAUAAAUACUUGCAAAAACAUAACAUACUGGGAUUUCUAAUUAGUGGGGUAAUAGCUGCUUGAUCCAAGGAGACAUCUGACUGCUAUUUUGGGGUAAAGAAGGAAUUUUUUCCUAGUUUGUUGCAAGAUUGGAAAGUUAUAGACUAGGUUUUUUGCCUUCUUUUGGAUCAACAGCAAAAACAUAUGUGAGGAAGGCUGAACUUGAUGGACGCAAGUCUCUUUUCAGCUAUGUAACUUUUCGAUUGAAAUAGGUAAUACAAUUAUCUGCAAAGACACAACUAGUGUAGUUUCUGAGAACCAUUUCUCUGGUGCUGAAAUAGUUAAUGUUAUGCCUUUUUUCGCAGAGUCAUUUCAUGAGCUCUGUAAUUUUUUUUUAAAUGUUUAUUUUUUAUUAUUAUUUUUUUUUUUAAUUAUUAUUAUUUUCGGAAAUGUUUUAUGUUCUUGAGGCGUGUAAAGGCUGCAGACACCAGAUCAGUAUGUUUUGUUUAUUUUUCAUAAGCUCCUGGCUGUAGUGGUUAUGUUGAUUUGGAUAACCUCUGAGACCCAAUAUUUCUAGUUUACUCUCAUAUGGCAUCUAUGAAGAGAACCUUUUUUUUUAAUCUAAAAAACAAAAUGUAAAGAACAUCUAGAAAUAAAUAGGUUUGUUUAAAGGAACGCCGUGGACCCCUAAAGCACUUUUGUUUGCUGAAAUGCUUGGUGUGUAAAAGCAGGUUUCAAUAGAAAUUGGCACUUUUCUAAAUUAACCUUGUUACACCCCUUUGACUCUCAAGCAGGCAACCUGCACUGUUACUUCCUGUUUUUUUUGUUUGUUUUUGUUUUUUAUAGCUAUGGGGAGAUAAUCUCAAGAGGUAGUAGAGCACCUUACAAAGACUUCUCAUUGAGCUGCAUUGGAAGUCUUUAAUCGAACAGCCACAGAAACUCGUUUUCCUGGAACUAUAGCUUCCCCCAGUGUAAAGGUUCCCCCGUGGUGCAGUAAGGGCCAUAAACUCCUUCUGACACUUACCUAGUUCCUGCGCCGAUGUCCAAUGGCGCUGGCUCGGGUCCGACUAUACUCCUCUCCUGUUGAUGUCAGCCAGCAGGGGAGACCUAAAGUGCAUGUGCAGCAAUGGCUGUGUUUGCAUUAGGAAAGCAUUGAAUUUCUAUGGGGAUUCUGGUGACGCUGAAAGUCCUCAUGCAUAGCAUGACCAAAAGUUGCCUAAAUACCCAGAAGUCCUUCUAGUGGUUGUCUGGUAGACUGCCACUAGAGGAAGAAUUAACGCUAGCAGGUAAUUAUUGAAGUUUAUUAAAAACUUCAAUAAUUAUAUGCUCAGGAUUAAAAGGGUGAUGGAACACUGCACCUAGACCACUUCAAGGAGCUACAGUGUCCCUUUAAAAAUGCACAAUUAAAUGCAUGCAUACAUUCAUUUUGGGUAUAUCUACUAAACAGUGAUUUUGAUUUAUAGGAACACUAAAGUGUUGGGCGUGCAAAACUGUAUUCCUAACACUAUAGUGUCCCUCUAACUGUGCCUCCUCACUCCCCCCAGCAAAUAAAUUGUUUUUCUCCUUUUUUCCACUUACCUGAUUCCAGCGUCGAGAUCCCUCUGUGCUGGAUCGCUCUCCAACGCCCCUGCAAUUAAAAAUCUUCUCUUCAAGACGCUGGAUGUCCUCAGUGUUGUUUCCCGGAACUAAACUCCGUGAGAUAGCAGGAAGCACUUUUUGUUUUACAUUGCAGGGUUAAGAGUCACAGGGUCACUGAUAUGAAGUGUGUCUGUAAUGUCCCUUUAUUUAUUUUGAGCAGUGGCAUGUCCCUUGACAUUGGCAAAAAAUGUAUUUGUUGACCAUGCACCAAAAUUUUUAAAGCUGCACUGUCAUGCCAAACUUGCCUUUCUUUAGUCGAUUCCUCUUCUCUCCCUCUGUCAGGAUCUGUUAUUCAUUUUAUUUACAUUUAUUCAUGUCUGCUCUAGUUUUCUUUAAAACAUAAGACAGUCUGUUUUGUCUUAUGAAGGUUUCCUACGCCUGACAAGCGGAGGAGCAAGGUGUACUUCAUUUCCGGUGAUCACAGCAAUUUCCCCACAAUUCUCACCUUUAAUCCGUGAUCUCGCGAUGCUUCCUGUCAGUAUUCCCAAACGUCCUGACACUUAGAACGCCAGCAAAACGACUGUUUUUCGUCAUAACAGAAUGAGAACAGUUUGUCCAUUUGUUAGGAUGCAAUUCUGGACUUUGUUGGCAUCGAAAUUUCAUUCUAAUAAUGAAACUCCGCUCCUAUUCGUUCCUCGGCGGCAGCCUUGCAGCCGUUUAGUAGAUUACUCCAUAGUUCCCACUGUAUCAGUGUCUUUCAGCCAAAUUUACUAAUUAGUAAAGAUUACUUAAUAUUAGUAAACCCUACUCGCCCUAAAUAACAAAGGGGGGGACCUAUUGUGCCCCCUCCCACCCCUAAACGGUUGGUGGGGACCCUAAAUGAAAAAUGUGAUGGGGGGGGGGGACCUUUUGUCCGGCCCCCACCCCAGAGUGGCGGGUGGGGGCCUUAAAUAAAAAUUGGGGGAAACCUAUUGUCCCCCCCCAGCUCCCACCCAUGAGUGGUGGUGAGGGCCCUAAAUGAAAGUGUUAACCCCCUCCACCCCCCCUCCCCCAAUUUGACUCCUAACAACACUCUAAUUGGUUGCUAUCAAACAACCAAUCAGAGAGUUAUGAGUUAAAUUACACAGCAUCGGAAAAUUCCAAAGAACUUUCACACACUGUGUAAAAUGACACAGCGCACUCUGGUUGGACUUCAAGCCAACCAAUCAGAGUGCUGUGACAGGUAAAUUUAGAAACUUAAACCGACCAAUCAGAGAGCUCUGAGCCUAAUUGCAGAGUGUGGGAGGGCUUUCCCCACCCUGCGGAGCUUAUUCUGCGCCGUGCCCUUUAUGGGUGAAGUUGGAUUAUUUUUUAGUGUCAGGCUUUUUUUUUUGCCCUCUGGUCUUUUAUUUUAUAUUCAAAGUGUCAUGGGUAUUAUGGACGUUUAUUUAGCAUUUUUUGGGUUGCAAAAAGAUUUUACAAAAAAAACAAGACAUCAAAUGCUAAGUGGUUUUUUAUUUAUUUUUAUUUAGUUUUUACAGGUAUUUAGUUCUCUUGAUUGCCCCUCACUAUUUUUAGGGUGAGGGGGGUAAAUAGGGGUUUAUUAAUUAUAUUUUUGUUGGGUGGUGGGUGACUAGGGGCUUGGGGACCCCAUGUCAUCAGGGGGGAGGGGUGUUAACAUUAUAAUUUAGUGCCCCCACCUGCUGCUCAGGUGCCCCCAUUACAUUUUCAUUUAGGUCCCCCCCUUGUUAUUUAAUGCCCCCACCCGUAGCUCAGGGAUGGGGGCAGGGGGAAGGACAAUAGUUGUCCCCCGUCGUCCCCCACAUUUUCAUUUAGGGCCCCCCACCCACCGCUCAUGAGUGGAGGCCGGGGGGGGGGAGAACGAUAGGUCCCUCCUCCUUAUUGUUAUUUAGGGCCCCCACCUACGGCUUAGGGGUGUGGGGAGGCAAUGGUCCCCCGUUCAGUUUAAUAGCCCCCACUCGUGCGGUACAGGUGGGGUCUCUGGAGGGGGGACACUAGGGGUUAGUUUUUAUUUUUAAUUUAAUUUUUAUUUAUUUUUUAACAGUGAGCAGCCAUGGGCUGCUCACUGUUUACUAGACAUGCCCCUACUCGCGGUCUAGUGAGUAGGGGCAGAUAGUAUUAGUACAUUUGGCUGAAAGACCAAUUUAGGUAUUUCAGCCUUUUGGUAGAUAGCUCCCUGGUACCGUGGGAAUUAGGGAGUUACCUACUAAGCGGCUGCAAGAUGCAGCUGUGGCACGAAUAGCAUCGGAGUUUGUCAUUAGAAUGAAAUUCCGAUUCGAACAAAGUCUCGAAUUACGUCCUAAUUGUUCGCAUUCUGUUAGGACGGAAUUCGGUAGUUUCACUGGCGUUCUGUCUAAGUGACAGGACUUUUUGGAAUACUGACAGGAAGUAUCACGAGAUCACGGAUCAAAGGUGAAAAUUGCUUUGAUCACCGGAAACGAAGCACACUUUGCUCCUCCACUAGUCAAAGUCGGUUAAGUGUAGGAAUCCUCCAUAAGACAAAGUAGUUCCUACUUUGUCUUAUGUUUUAAAGAAAACUAGAGUAGACAGGAAGAAAUGAAGAACAGAUCAUGAGAGAGGGAGAGAAGAGAAAUAUAUUAACCCCUUAAGGACACAUAACGGAAAUAUUCCGUCAUGAUUCCCUUUUAUUUCUGAGGUUGUGUCCUUAAGGGGUUAAAGAAAGGUAAGUUUGGCAUGACAGUGCUGCUUUAACACGUCAGGUCCUUUUAAUCAUACUAAGCAAACCUAAAGUAAAUAUAAAUGUAACUGUUGCGUAGAGUUAUACUUUUGAUGCACAUAAAAUUUGUUGGCCACAGCAUUUGUUUAAUGUCUUUUUAUAUUUUAAUAAAACACGAACUUUGAUUUGAAGUUUUAGUUACACCUACUUCUCUUGCACCAGUUCCUUGGUAAAUGAGCAUGUGACUGACAUGCCCAGAGGCUAGUUUCAGGGUUGGGCUGCUUGAAACUAUUUUUCUGAGGUUUCCAUUAUACAUACAGUUCAUACCUCUAAUGUUCUUGCAGCUCAUUGGCACUAAUCAGUUGAGCGGGAAUUAGAUUUUGUAAACUUAAUAGCUGCAUGUGUUAAUUUGGCUAAGUACUAAAACCACUAUCCUAAGUACGACAACACUUUGUAGUAGUUUUGCUGUAGAGGUUUUACCAUUGGUGCUUGAUGCACAACUGUCACUUAACAACCAGUUUUGAAGGGACAUACAUUAUUAGUAUUUUUUUUUUUUUUUUUUAAAUAUGUACAUGAAGUAAUGUAUAUGAGAACCUUAUCCCUACCGUUGGGGAUAUAUAUAUAUAUACGCACGUUGGGUCAGACUGUUUGAAAUGUGACAGUCUCUAUAGUCUUCUCUGCUUCUGUGCAUGGAGUGAAGUUCAUGGGGACUGUCAAUUUUCAAACGUCUGAAGGUGCAUGUAUGUCUGAAGGACCUUUCAUACUAAAGGUCAGAAAGGGUUUUACAAAUUUUGUUUUCACACACCAUUUAAAAAAAAAACAAUCCUUUCAAAAUUUUCUGAAAAGAUUAACUGAUUUAUUUAAAGUUGAACAGUGCUUAUGGAUUCUUUGUGCCUUGAAGCAGAGCUGUCACUUUGCAGUUUUUGCUUUUAGUUUCUUUUGUUCUUCUGUUUCUUGUUUAUCUAUUUUAAUUCACCUUAGCUUUGCCACGCCCCCCUUUUUAUUUAUUUUUUCUUUCUUUCAAUAUAUACACUUUUUAAAAAUUUAUUUUUAAUUGCACUUGUGCCGUAACAUGUGCUGAUACAGUAAAACACAUCAGUAAAUUGUGUGCCAUUUGCAAAUUGGAAGAUAUUUGCAACAUGACAUCAUAAGUUAGACAAUUUUCAUAUCUAGUGUAAGUAAGCUUGGCUAGUAGACACUUAUUGAUGUGGGGAGAAAAUAUUUUUUUCUUAAAAUAUGUGAAUACGGAAAGAGAAGAAAAGCCACAAGAGGAGAGAUUGGAAGAGCUAAGACUAGUGGUGGUAGGUGAGGAGAGAGGAGGGAGAGGUAUGAGAAAAAGUGCUGUUAGGGAAGCAGCAUCCCAGGCAGCCCGAAUAUUUACUGAAUUUAGAAGUAUUGUUGAGUUUGCGUACCAUCUCCUCAAAUUAUUGAGCUAUUUGCAGAGGAGCUAUCAUCGGUUGUAGCAGUGGUGGCCCAUUACUUUUGAAAAUGGUAUACCAUCAUGUGGGUAAUUCUCAUUCCUACGCUACCAUGCGGUUUCAAAGGCAAAAUAACCAAUAUGUAUAAACUGAAAAAUAAAAUGUGCUAUAUUCAACCCUGUAACUUUCCAAAAUACCAAAAAACCUGUACAUGAGAGGGAGUGUUGUACUUGACUUAAUACAAGUAUGUGUAUUUUAUUGCAGUAAAAGUUAACCAUAUUAUGACAUUCAUAGUUACAAUGCCAUGCAUAACUAAAAAAAAUAAAAAUUUCUAAAUUUCUCACACUUUUAGAUUUUAUUUUUUUAAUCAAUUGUUUUAUAUAUAAAUAUUUGAUGUGAAGCGAAAGCCCUGUUUCCCCUGAACAAAAUGUAUAAGUGUUGGGUGCACUUAAUAUGAAAGAGGUGAAUUACGAUUGAACAGACAUAUUAAGGAUGCACCGAAAUUUCAGCCGAAAAGGGGUGAAAUUUUGCCGAAAAAAGAGGUGUGAGAGGAACGUUAAGCGGGGGGAACCACUAAAAGAGAAGGGGAGUUUUUCAUAUUAGAUUAAAUUAAUUUAAAAAAAAUCUAAUAAAAUUAUGGGAAAAAAGUCGUUUUCGGCCAAGGGCAUCCCUAUUGUUUUCGGCCCAGAAUUUUUAUUUUGGUGCAUCCCUAAGACCUAUUAUUUAUUAUUAUUAUUAUUAUUAUUAUUUAUAUAGCGCCAACAGAUUCCUUAGCGCUUUACAAUUUUAUGAGAGAGGAUUUAACUAUAAAUCGGACAAUUACAGGAAAACUUACAGGAACGAUGGGUUGAAGAGGGACCCUAUAGUCAAAUUCCAGGUUUUGAUCAGAAUGUGUACAGUUGCCUCCGUCCUUAAGGAGUUUAAAAGUAAUUGGAUAAAAACUUGCAAAAACAUAAUAUUCAGUGAUUCUAACUUUUGAUUAGUGGGGUAAUAGCUUCUUGAUCCCACAGAGUUAUGACUGCCUUCUGGGGACAAGAAGCAAAAUUGGAAGCACUUCAAACUGUUUUUUUUUUUUUUUUUUUGCCUUCUUUUGGAUCAACAGCAAAAACAAAUGUGAGGCUGAACUUGGACGCAUGUCUCUCUUCAGCUAUGUAACUAUGCAACAUUUACAGUUAAAAUGCCAUGCAGAACUUGAAAAAUAACAAUUUCUUACUCAAACCUUUAUUUUUGCCUUCUUUCUUACAGGCCUAACCUCUCGUCGGUUUUGGCACACCUCAAACCGACUCUUGCUUUUAUUAAAUUUACAUUUUUUUUUUUUUAAUUCUUUAUUUUUUUCUGUGCAAGGUAAAUACAGGUAUAUGCGAAGUGUCACAACAGCACUCAUAGCGUAAGCAACAAACAUUCAAUUUGGCACUUGGAAUCUGCACAUUCAAGCUAGACACAAUUUUUAGGUAUAUAGCAAAUAGAUGAUACGUUUAAACUAUGUCCGUAAGCAAUAAUUCGACAAUGGACUAAGCUCUAGAAACUUUAACUGACAGCAUGGGUUUGUUUAGCUAGAGUGAGAAUCUAGGAGAAGUAUGCAUGUUAAGGCAUAGUAGAUAAAUGUUAUCUUAAACAAGAGUUUAAUGUUAGUACACUCGUUUUAUAGUUGGGUUCCAGCCUAUACAUGUAUGUCUGAUUAUGUGAAGCUAUGGAUUCUGCAUUCGGUAUAGGUUAGCUAUACAUGUGGGUAGUUAAGUAAAAACAGAGUUAGCUACAUGCUUAUAAAAUACGAGUCGGAAGAAGAUAAAACCUAUACUGGGAAGCAGGUAAUUGCCAGGCAAGCAGGCAGGCGCUUUUACCUCCCCAUAGCUGCGGCCAUGUGGCCGCUUUAGAGCCAAAUGGCGGCUGUUACAAAGCAUCAUAGGUCUAUGUAUAAAAGACAAAAAAAAACAAAACGUAGUCAUCAGUUGAUGUGAAGCAUUGUCCUUGUUGGGCUUUACGUUGGGGCUUUCAAUGUCAGGAAGUCCCGGCCACCACCUCUGCAAGUGUCUCUCUUGGAAACUCUGGGCAAGGUGCCUCCGUAUCUGGAUCCAGCGUUGAUGGCGUCCUAAGGGGUACGCUGUCACUUUGUCUCUCAAUUUGCAGCGCUGGUGGCGGGAGGUCGUGAUGUGCUGUACCAGGCACUAAGAGGCUGGGUUGGGGAGUGCUUCGCCUGUGUCUCUCUUGAGGGGUUCUCGCUGUUGUGUAGCUGCGAGUGGGAGCUUGCGUCUGGGAAACGUGGCUUCUUUACCCGCCUUGAGGGCUGUAGGGAUCUGCACUGGAGCGUGGGAUGCGCGAACUCCGGCUCCGGUUUCCAUCCCUGCUGUACUUCUGUUCCGAUACCCGUUGGGAGCUGUUCUGGAGGUACGGGGGGGGGGUCCCUCCUAGGCGGAUCCAUGCCGCCAUUUGUCUCAUCAUCCGCCUGUAGGACUGCCUCCGGGUUUUCAGGUUUGUCCAGAGGUUGUCGCAGAGCCGGUAGUAGAACUCCCGUGUGUGUUUGGGAGGCUUGAUGAGUGCGCGUUGUGUUGUGGAUCUUGGGCGGGCCUUGGCGAGUCCGCUUUGCUUUACGUAUUGUAGCUUGUUCAGGCUGUGUUUCAGGGGUAUUCCUCCCCCGCAAGGACCGGGAUAUCCCCCGCCGGUCCAGAAUGGGGGGUGGGGGGUAGCAGAGCUGCCGUGGGUUCUUGUUUGGGCGCGUUGUUUUAGGUCGGCCGCCUCCUCCGGACCUCAAGCCCCACUCUAUUUUUCCGCCACUUAUCGGUGCCGGGCCGGUAUCAUUUUGUGCCUCGUGUUCUGCUGAGUUGGUUCCCGAACACCGUAUGCCUCUGGCGUUAGUGGGUCACUCUGUACUUGCAUGAAUUUGCUUGUUAUUGCAGGAGCUCAUGAGAUGUGCAGCCGGCCAUCUUGGCUGCCAAGCCCCGCCCCAUCAACUUUACAUUUAUUAUACGCCCCAUUCAUUAUCCCGUACACAAAUAUUUAAUGUAAAAUGUAAGCCCUGUGCGACGGCGCUCCUGUACUCUCACAGAGUAUCUCAUUUAAAUCCACAUCCCAGCUGCUUGCAGGGACCGUGAAACCCCCCCGCCCCCAUCGCCGACGCUUGACUGGGGUCUCUCAGGACCUCUUCACCCGACUAGGCUGCACCUUUCAGGCAGGUAUCAUCCCCUCUGCCUAUUCCGCUGCAGCCCUGUUUCAGAUAGCUUUGGAAGCCUUUCAUCUCUGCCUGCAAUGUGAUUUCUCUCAGGCCUAGCACUCUUGAUUUAUCCCAGGGCUAGAGGGAUUGUGCCGCCAGCCAACAGGUACGACAACUCUGUGGCUGGGAUCCCUAAAAAUACACAAAAUACACACAGGACACAGUUCCAAAAGGAACUAACAUGCAAUACUAAAGACUAGCCCAUACGUUUAUUACAUAUAGAUUACUGUGACAAAAAUUGCAAACAUUCAAAUCACAUUAGACAACAUACAGGAACUGAUAACAUAAUGACAUAUUUAUAAAGGGGUGGGAAACACAAUGAUUAACACACAAACAUCUCUCCUGCCUGCAGAAAUAGCAAUAUGCAUACAGCGGUUGCUAGAUCCUUGCAACCAACAGGUGGCGCUGUACAGGCUCCACAGCCAAAUCCACCUAGUUGAUUGCAAGCAUUAGCAAAAGAGGAGAGCACAAUAACAUUUAACACUAAAUCACAUUACACACACCCUGCACCAUAAUUGAAGAGUCCAUCUGUUGCUCCCAGUGGUGGUUACUAUGGUCAUGCUGUGUUUCUCCUCAACAUAUUUAUAUAUAAAUGUGGUUGCAAUUAAAGGACCACUGUAAUCACAACUACAGCUUAUUGCAUUUGUUCUAGUGAGUAGAAUCAUUCCAUUCAGGCUUUUUGUUGUAAGCACUGUCUUUUCAGUGUUUACAUUACAGCCUAGUGAUAACUCCACUGGCCACUCCUUAGAUGGCUGCUAGAGGUGCUUCUGCAUACAGACACUGAACUUUCCUCAUAGAGAUGCAUUGAGUCAAUUCAUCUCUCAUCACCAUGGUGUGUUUGGCUUCUGCUGGCUCUGCUUCUGAUUUGUCUUCUUGACAGCCUCAGCCAAUCCAUUGGGGAAGCAUUGUGACUGACUCAGACCACCACUUCUGAUGAUGUCAGCAGAUGGAGGCCGUUCACAGGCAAACGGGGCAGAGCCAGCAGCCGCAGACUUGUAUUCAAGUAAGAUUUUACUAUAUUUAGGGAGGCAAGAGCUUGUACAAUUGCCUGCGUCCUUAAGGGGUUAAAUCUAAAACUUUUCUUUUAAUUGAGAUUACUAAUUUUGUAAUUACAGCUUUAGCUUCUUCAUGUGCGUUUCAGCAUAUUAAUAUUUUACAGAAUUCUUUCUUUAGAAUUUAGACCGUUUCUGUGGGGUGAACAUGUCAGUUUUAUCAUUUAUAAAGAUUUCUGAAUUACUUAUAUGCCGAUAAAAUAAAACCGCAACUGCAUGUAACAUUAUGAAUGUGUUUUUUUUUUUUUCCCCAUUAUCCUUGAAUUAUAAAGCCAAAAUUUUAUUCAAAUACCAUAAUAAUCAAUAAUUAAGAAACCUAGCCUCCCAGGAUACAAGUCUAAAUAAUUAGUCGAUCUAGCAUAGGAAAAGUCACAGGAAUUAAGUCACAAUAUGUUCUCUGAGAGUGUUAUGGCUGAGUUUGAGCACAACUCCCUGCCAAAAAUGUUUCUAUUGAAGCAUGCAUACCACUGCUGAUUUGUCUUCUUUACUCAAUAAUAAUAAUUAUUAUUAUUCAGAAGGAUUUAGACUGGAUACUUUUUUUUUAAAAUUAUUAUUAUUAUUUUUUUUCAUUCAAACAUAAAGAGAUAAGACAAAUGGAAAAAGGUCUCAGGGAGACAUCUUGCUUCUCCUGCAGAAGAGGCCAGAUACGGCACGGGUGCCAUGGGGAUCCAUGUAAGUUUGUGAGUCAUUCCUAAAGAGUUGGGUAGGACGCAAGGGCACUCCUGGCAAAAUAAUCCUUGUAGCAGACUGUAGUUGUUAUGGUGCUUGUAGAGUUCCUUUAAGUUACCUCUAGUAUAGAAUGUGUUUAGUAAUGUUUUGAUUUGACUUCUGACCUGGAGUUCACUGGGUGCUACACUUGCUUCCUCUCUACCAGGAGCUCCUUCUAGGAUCUUAAUGGGACACUAAAGUCACCCGAACAAAUACAGAUUAAUGUAGUUCUGCUGUCUACUGCCUGUCCAUACCAUGAUUUUAAUGUAAACACUGCAAAACACUGCCCCUUUAGAGAAAAGGCAGUUUUUUUUCAUUGUUGCUUAGGAACCCCUUUAGUGGCAGUUACUCAGAUGGUCACUAGAGGUGCAUCAUGGGUCAGUUCUGCACAAUGUGCAUCACUGACGUUCAGCAUCUUCACGCUGUGCUUGGAGGCGCUGAACAUUCCUCAUAGCGAUGCAUUCAGUGCAUCUCUAUGAGGAGAUGCUAAUUGGUGCUAGCCUCCCAAUGCUUUCCUAUGGAAACGCCCCUGGCAUCAUAUCACUAUAUCACACUAGUGGUUAUGGUGCUUGAAGUGUUUUUUGGCCUGAUUUGGGGAAUGUCUCUGACCAUGUGAUAGCUUUGGAAGCUAAUCACGCUAAUCACAGUGAUCAUUUGGAGUUAAAGAUGUGAAUUGUCACUAAAAUUCCUUCAACAGCAACCUACUUUUCAAGGUCAUGAUGUCCCACUGUAUUUUUUGUCAUGACAUUUGGUGUGAUGGGGUUAAAAUAAAUAGGCCUAUACUUUUUAUGAGCUUCUGUAAAUAUUAUUUACUUGCAAUUUAAUCUAUAUUCCACAUUUCCUUAAAACAAAUAUUGAAAGUACCAAGCAGUGCAGUAUCUGGUAAAUUCUUUUCUAAUGACCUUAGCAAUGUCUGAUAGAGCAGUAGUGAAGGUUUAUUUUUAAAAUAAAUGUUCAAACAGUUUAUAUCCUCCUCUGGCUGUCCUGCAUUCUUUUACGGUAAGGCAAAUUACACCUGGGUUUUAGCCCAACUGAAAAUUAAAUUACGCCUACACUAAAACAUACAGAUUUUUUUUCAAGCAACUUUUACAAAUGAUUCCUCUUAUUGGCUUGGAGUAUUUGAGGCUUUCUCUUUCAAGAAAGAGAGAGAGAAGUGGAAGUGCAGGGGCUUUAAACAGCGCUGGACUGAAGACUUUGGGGUUAAAAAGUUAAUGAAUGGUUUACCCCUAAAGGUAACUCUGCACCGGGGAUCUCCAGAUUUAGAACCAAAAGUUGCCGAACCUUAGAAGUGGCGUUAACCCUCCAGAGGACCUACGGACCUUGCGGACCAUGAACUCCUCUAUAUACCAAAAUAUUCUAGAGUUAAAUGUGAGGCCAUCUGUCCAACAGCUCACACUUGGAAGAAAUUGAGUGAUGCAACAGGACAAUGGUCCUAAGCACAUCAACAAAUCAACAGAAUGGCUGAAAAAGAAAAGAAUCAAUGGCCCAUUCAAAGUCCAUGCCUAAACCCGAUUGGAAUGUUGUGGUGAGACAUUAUAGGCACCCAGACCACUUCAGCUCAUUGAAGUGGUCUGGGUACAUAUUGCCAGGUUCACUUAAUGCUGCAAUAUAAUUAUUAUUGAGACACUGCAAUAAUUACUAUCAAAGGUUAACUCCACCACUAGUGGCUGUCUACGAGACAGCCACUAGAGGGAUUUCUGGUUCAUUAGGCGGCUUUUGAAAAAUGUCAGUGGUCCCAUAUGACCACACAAGAAAACAGGAAGACUAUAACCAGCGCCUGGUGGACCAGAAGUACGUUUUCAAGUUUCAUGCUUUGAAGAUCAUUUGAAAGAGAUUCCAAUUAUAUCUAUACAUUUGCAGUUUUGCUAUCAAAUGUAGGGAUAAAACCUAUUUAAAGAUUGUUUGUUUGUUUUUUCCCAUCUGUCUCCCAAUUUACACGUGUGUGUGUGUGUGUGUGUGUGUGUAUGUAUAUGUGUGUAUAUAUAUAUAUACGUUAUAUUAAUAUAAAAAUACACAGUCAAAUUACACACGUGUGUGUGUGUGUGUGUGUGUGUGUGUGUAUAUAUAUAUAUAUAUAUCUCUAUAUCUCUCUAUAUCUCUCUCAAAAUACACUUAGAAUUAAAUUUUUAUGUGUGUGUGUGUAUAAUUUCACCUUAACGACAGAGGACAAACUAGGUACGUCCAACAAAAAAACGGCCGUUAAGGACGUCAGCGACAGGAGCUCUGGACCGACGAUCUACGUCGAUCACGGUGUGGGUGGACUGCCAGAGACCCCAGCAGCCCCCCUACAGCACACUCCGGCCACACCGACCCUCCACGGCCUUGCGAUCACCAUGAUCACAUCACCGCAAUAGGACUCUAGGAGCUGCCAGCAGGGGGACUGUCUGACCUAUCAGGCAUUCCCCCAGGCUGCAAAAAAAUUAAUAAAAUAAAUAUAUUAUACAUAUACAGGUGGUCCUCAUUUAUCGACCUACUUGUUUUACCACGGCUUGCACUUACGACCAGGCAUUAGUUCAAGCUGUCAUGGGAAUUCCCUGCUCUGGUGCGUAUGUAUAUGUUCGGGAAAACUUCCCCGAACAUAGACGAACGCACCAGAGCAGGGAAUCCCUCAAAUCUAUGUUCGGGGAAAUUUCCUCGAACAUAGAUUAGAGGGAUUCCCUGCUCUGGUGCGUACAUAGACAAAUGCACCAGAGCAGGGAAUCCCUUAACUCCUCACUUACCGACCGAUUUGUUCUACGACCAGGUCAUAGGAAGGGAACCCGGUCGAUAACUGAGGAGUGUCUAUAUUAAAUAUGUGUAAUAUAUUAUAACAUAAUUAAUUUUAUAAUAUAUUAGACAUAUAUAAUGCAUCUAUAUGAUUUCAUUAUAAGUGUACUUUGAUAUGUAUCUCAAAAUACACUAUGAUGAAAUCAUAGAUGCAUUACAUAUGUAUAAUAUAUACACGCGCACAUUAUAUAUAUAUAUAUAUAUAUAUAUAUAUAUAUAUAUAUAUAUAUAUAUAUAUAUAUAUAUAUAUAUAAUAUAAUCUCAAAACAUUUAUACAAAAACAAAUAAAACCACUAACUUUGGCCAGCAUUUGUGACUCAGUGGCUACAACAAAAGACUGGAGUACCCCAUUUGGAAUACCCUGGGUUGUCUACAUUUGAAAAUGGUAUGCCAUGAUGGGGUUAUUUCACAUUCCUGGGCUACCAUAUGGUCUCAAAAGGCAACAAAGGUCCAGCAAACCAAUCUGGUAGAUCGGGCAAGCCCUAUAUUGACCCUGUGAUUUUCCAAAACACCAAAAAACCUGUACAUGGGGGGUAUUGUUAUAUUUGGGAGACUUCGUUGAGCACAAAUAUGAGUGUUCUAAAUCAGUAAAACGUAUUCCAACGAUUAAAUCACCAGUAAAAGUGCAGUUUUUGUGUAAAAAAAAACAAGAAAUAAAGAAAAAUGCUAGUGGCUACUACAAAAGACUGGACAUAUACCCCAUUUUGAUUACCCUGGGUUGUCUACUUUUACAAAUUGUAUGCCAUGAUGAGGUUCAUUUUAAUUCCUGGGCUGCUAUAUGGUCUCAAAGUCAACAUAGGUCCAGCAAACCAAUCUGGCAAAUUUCAAUGUGCAAACAUGGAAAAGGGUAAAGCCCUACAUUUGACCCCUGUAAGUUUGCAAAAGCCCAUAAAACCUGUACAUUGGGGGCACUGCUGUAUUCGGGAGAUGUUGCUGAACACAUAUUGGGGGUUUCUUUGUCAGUAACACAUAAACGGAACUAAAAAUCCAUGCCUAAAGUACAAUGUGAGAGGAAAAAUAACAAAAAAAGACUCCAAAAGUUUGACACAGGCUGGUGGUAGAAUUAGUGCAUGGAAAGUGUUAAAAUACCACUAUUUGAAAUACCCUAGGGUGUCUACUUUUCAAAACUAUAUGGUUUGAUGGGGGUAAAUUUAUAUUGUCUGGCUUCACAAAUGUCCUUAAUGGGGCAUGGGUGCAUGAUGACCAGCUGUGAAAAUUCCAAGUUGGAAAACUGGAAUGCGCACCCUCCAAAUAAGGUCUUUUAGCCCCCAGAGAACUUGACACACCUCUACAUGGGUGGUAUCUCUGUACUCAGGAGAGGAUGCUGAAUACAUAUUGGGGUGUUCUUUGGCAGUAACCCUUAAUGUUCUCAGUACAUAUAUUCUUAAAUUGCUUUGUCUCUCAAAAAAACCUCCAAUUAUUAUUAUUAUUUUUUUUAAAUUUGGCGUAGAUUGGUGGUAAAAUGGCUGCAUGAAAAGAUUCAAAAUACAAAUGGUUUAAUACCUUAGAUUGUCUUCUUUUAAAAAAUAUAUACAUGUGAAGGGUUAUUCAGGGAUUCCUGACAGAUAUCAGUGUUUAAAAUGUUAAUUUUGAAAAAAAUUGGUUUGGAAAUGGCAAAGUGCUACUUGUGCUUAUAGCCCUUUAACUUUCCAAAAAAAGCUAAGAACAUGUUAACAUUGGACAUUUCUAAACUCAGGACAAAAUUUAGAAACUAUUUAGCACGGGUGUUUUUUUGGCAGUUGUAGAUGCGUAACAGAUUUUGGGGGUCAAAGUUCGAAAAAGUGUGUGUUUCCCCAUGUAUGUAUCAAUGAUAAAUUAUACAUUUGUGAUAUACAGCUUCUCUAAAUUUAAUUCACUUAACGUUUUACAUAUACCACUUUUAUUGGUUUUAUUUCAUACAAGGAACCUCAAGGAAAUUGUAUUUCUUUCUUUUUUUUCAUGACCCUAAAUAUACUUCAUUUAUUUUCUAGGUAUUAUGACCAGCUAUGUUCAGUAGAGCCAAAGUUCCCGUUUACAGAAAGUCAGGUACAGUUAACAGUAAUUUUUGUAAUACAAGAUGUCAUUAAAUGUGAUCAUUAAUUCCAUAUACAAGCAACUCUGAAAUUAUGCUUUAUGGCUGUGUUUAUGUCAUGUAUUUACAAAUAAGGUAUUUAUUUAUUUUUUUUCUCCAAUAUUUCAGCUAUGUCUAACUUUUACAUGGAAAGAUGCCUUUGAUAAAGGAUCAAUAUUUGGAGGAUCUGUGAAACUUGGUAAGUUCGUAUUCAAUUUGAGUAAUAAGAAAAAAGCUGAAUUUGCAUACUUUAAUAUUGUUUCUUGUAUGCAAAGUACAGUGGCACCUCGGUUUACAAACACCUCGGUUAACAUCAUUUUCGGUUUACAAAUGAAAAUCCAUUGAAAAUAAUGCCUUGGUUUACAAAUUUUUUCGCAAUACAAAGCAAGUUUCCCCGGGAUGCAUUGCACCUGGGAGGUUUAUAGCACCGCCCCCUGCAUGCUGGAGCCUGUGGGUAGCACGUGGCAUCAAGUGUGGAGGUGUUGGAGCGGCUUUUGCAUAGAGUUUUGGAGCCAUUCUGGAAAUUGUUUGCAGUUGUUUUGGGACUUUUUGGGGCAUUUCUCAAGCUGUGGAAAGUUAGGGAGCCGAGCUUUGUCGUUUGCAUGCCUUUUGUGUGUUCUUCAUUGUGGGUUGGUUUCCAUGCUAGCUCAUUUUGACUUUUUUCUGACCUCCAGAACGGAUUAAUUAGUUUUCAAUGCAUUCCUAUUGGAAACCGCGUUUCGGUUUACAAAUUUUUCGCAAUAAGAAACGUCCUGGAGAACGCAUUAAAUUUGUAAACCGAGGUCCCACUGUAAAUAAUUUAUGCACACACCAAAAGAGUUGUGUGGGGGUAGGGAAGGGAAGUGUGGAUGAAAACCUCUUCCACCCUAAGUGAAUAGUUAAAACAUUGCUAAACACAAAUACAGACACCAGUCAAGCCAUGAGACUUGCUAAUCUCACUACUGCAUGGGAUUCUGGGUAGGGAUAUGCAAAUGAGCUCAACAAAGAACCAAAUUUUUGCCUCAUAAUUCCACUUUAUGCAUAGAUUCCUUGGAGUAUGUUGUGGCGCGAACCCUGCCUGUUUGUGAAUUGCUGUAUUCUAUUCUGUAGCCUUGGCGCUUGCCUCCCCUGGGUGGCGACCCGUUGGUUAAACGAACGCCGCCCAGGGGGAGCAUUUGCAGAUUGCUUCCCACCUCAUUUGGUUCCCGAACGAGGACCCCCCCAGUACCCCUUGGAAUGUUUGCACCAAUCAAUUAGAACGUUGGCAACUUGCAAGGAAAGUAAUUAAUGAGCGCUUCCCUGGGUGGUUGCCAUUUGUAUAGCCGAGCGGCCAUUUGUGUCAUGAAAGGAGAUUCCUCCCUUGCCUGGAUUCACCCAGGGACCCUGCCAAAGGAGGCUGUUCAUGGUGUUUUCCAUUCUGGGGGUCCCUGAGAUUGGUGGGACACUCUUUGGGGACAAUGGCGGUUUGGCGUGCUUUCUGUAACUGGUAGUCCAGGAGGCGGGGAGCUCUUCCUCGCUGGUGUUCCCAGGCAAAGAGGCUCAUGGGAGAAAGACUCCUGGUCACCGGAGGUGGGAAACCCUCAGGAUGGAUGGCGGGAAUAGGGGACAAAGGGACUGGAGUUACUGGGUCGGAAAUGGGUCUCUCUGUAUUUUAACUGACUUCCUUUUAGGGGAGGACGUGGCUGAGCAGGGACAACCAGCCGGGUUGCUAGCAGGCCCGCUACAUAAGUGUCUGCUGUAUACAACAGCUUUGAAAUACAACUCAGGAAGAGGAGCAAAGCCGGUGAACCACUCAUGGACAGCUGUUUCGUUAAUGCAACUCAUCAGCAUGAGUUUGGUUCCAAGGAAUCCAUGUAUAAAGUGGAAUUAUGAGGAAAAAUGUGGUUCUUUGUUGAGCUCAUUUGCAUAUGCCUCCCCAGAAUCCCUUGCAGUAGCGAGAGCACUGUUAAAGUGAAUUUCUGUGGGAAAAGCAAGUCUUAUGGCUUGACUGGUGUGUGUAUUUGUGUUUAGCAAUGUAAUAUAUAGAUAUCUAUAAUGUGGCAGACCGACCGCAAGACCUUAUUCUCUGGAACUGUUUUUGGCAUAGGAUCAAAUUAUGACUUCCAGGAAAUUCCUGAACCGAUCUGGGUGGUUUUUGGAUAUGUUGGUCACCCAUAUCGGGGCUAUCAGGGGAUGUAACUUUUGUGGGGGUUUUGUGUGUUUUUAAAGGUAUUUUUGGAGUUUUGUAAAAAAAUUAUGUUCCUGGAGAUAAUUGAGUUUAGUACAGUUCCUGAUUCCAUUAUCUCUCAAGCACAGGGGAUGGAAUGACCUAUUUUGUAUGGGAGUGUCCUCGACCUGAGAGCCAAUGUAAUCGUGUGUGUGUUUUUACUGUAGUCUACUCUCAGGUACAGGGGCGUUUGCAUGGGGACCUGCAUAUAAGGCCAGUUGUGGCUGCCAAUAAAUGAGUUCCAGUUUACCCUCCACACACAGCCUUGUCUCGUGCUUGCAGGGGAAAGCUAUACCAGCUAUAAUCCUUGUUCUUUGGAUUGCUAUAAUCACUAGCUCUUGUAUACCACCUAUAAUCACUAGCUCUUCCCUGUUAUUUUCGUAUGUAUGUGCCUGCUCAAUGUUCUGGAGGUCCUACACGAAGGUAAUGCAUUCACCUGCUCUCUUGGAGGAAAGGUCUUCUCACUGGGAGCUGGAUCCAGGAGUUUGUCCAGGGUGAGAAGGGUUUGCGAGACCCCAGCCAAUCUGCAGUGGCUAGGGGGCUACGGUGCUUAUGGUGUCCGGUGCAGUGCUUAUGGUACUCGGCGACAACUAGGAAGCUGUGAUUGGCGGAGGCAAUAUAUUACACAAUAUAUUAUAGAGUAGAUUGGAUUAGCAGUAUUACUCCAGUAGACAAGAUGCCAAAAUACCAGAGUAUUGCAGUAUGCACUGAUAUCUUUUUUAUUGGACUAACAUAAUAUUUCAAAGACAAGCUUUCGAGAGUUUUCCUCUCUUCUUCAGGUCUUACGCAAUACUGAUCAAUCUGAAAGUUUUACACUUAAGACAACUGAUGUUAGAGAAGGGAAGGGAGGGUGUGAGUGAGGUGUCAUAAAUAGCAGAAGAUGUGCCUGAAAAUGAAAGGUGCAGGUUGGCCGAGAAUAGCCAGAAAACAAAAACCCCUACAAAAAAAAUGCAGCAUAGCAGGGCAUGCAAGUAUAUAGCUGCAUAUAUGAUGUAUGUAUAUAAAUCGAUCUAAUAAAAAUGAAGCGAGAAUAUUGAAAAAGACGUAUAUAAGACAUUAAGAUGUGUGUUUAUAAAAUGUUUUGGUAGUGUGUGAGAAAGCCAGAGUCUACAUUAAGUCCUUUUAUUUCUGGUGUUAAAAUGUGUGAUAAUUUUCAUCUCAAAUGUGUUUCGUUCAUGAGUGUCUCUGAAAUUUGAUUUAAGAACUUUUAAUCCUGAGGUUUUGGAUGGAAUGACCAGUUUGGGUGAAGUGAUAACCAACAGAGGUACAAUAUCCAUUUUCCUUGUGGUUCUUGAUUGAGUGUCUGUGUGGAUUCAUUCUGAGAUGCAGUUUAAGGCCAGUUUCUCCAAUGUAGUAGCCUUUGUCACACACUGUACACUGUAUCCUGUAUACCACAUUCGCAGAUGUGCAUGAAUAUGAUCCCUUUUAUACAGACGCACUAACGUUUCAGCACACUCUCUCAUCUACUAAACAGCAACCUCAAAUCUCACAGAUUUUAUUAGUGUUUUUUGUUUGUUUGUUUUUUAACUCCUAAUCUAGACAAAAAUGUGCGUUUAGUUACAGUAUAUGAUUAUAUAUUGCAUAAGCCUGCCACAAGGCCAAUGUACGUAAUGUACAUUAGGUUGUUGGAGUAGGACCUGCCAAAGAUGGAAUACAUUAACGUUGUGGCAGGCUUAUGCAAUGUAUGAUCAUAAAAAAUGACGGACUUAACCCAUUUGCAAUGCCUAGGGUUGUCUACUAUUGCAAAUGGUAUGCCAUCAUGAGGGUAAUUCUCAUUCCUGGGCUACCAUAUGCUCUCAAAGGCAACUUAAAGGGACAAUCCAGUGCCAGGAAAACAAAUCGUUUUCCUGGCACUGCAGGUCACCUCUCCCUCCCACCACCCACCCCAUAUUGCUGAAGGGGUGAAAACCCCUUCAAUGACUUACCUGAGACCACUGCCGAUGUCCCUCGGCGGUGGUUUAGGGUCCGCCCAUACUCGAGAGACCGAUUGUGCAUGUGCGGCCUCCGGCGGGAUGAAACCUAAUGAGCAUGCACGGCAAUGCCGCACAUGCGCAUUAGACUUCCCCUUAGGAAAGCAUUGAAAAUGCUUUUGAUGCUUUCCUAUUGGGAUUUUAGCGACGCUGGAGGUCCUCACAUAGCGUGAAGAUGUCCAGCGACUCUAUAGCACAGAAAACCUGUGCUAUAGACAAGGAAGUGCCCCCUAGUGGUUGUCUAGGACCGCCACUAGAGGAGGAGUUAACCCUGCAAUGUAAAUAUUGCAGUUUAUGAAAACUGCAAUAUUUACACUUGCAGGGUUAAGGGUAGUGGGAGUUGACACCCAGACCACUCCAAUGGGCAGAAGUGGUCUGGGUGCCUAGAGUGUCCCUUUAACCAAUCUGACGAAUUUCAGUGUGAGAAAAAUGUAACAUGCUAUAUUUGACCCUGUAGCUUCCCAAAACACCAUAAAACCUGUACAUAGGGGUUACUGUUUUAAACGUGAGACAUCGCUGAAUAAAAAUGUGUAUUUUAUUGCAGUAAAAGCUAACAGUAUUAUGACAUUCACAAUUAAAAUGCCACGUGGAACUAAAAAAAUAAAAAUUUUCUCCCAUUUUUGUAUGUUUUAUUCAUAUUAAAUUAUGUUUCAUUGCUAAAUAUUUGAUGAUAAAUGAAAGCCCUGUUUCCCCUGAAUAAAAUUAUUUAUAAUAAGUGUGUGUGCACUUAAUAUGAAAGAGAUGAAUUACGGUUGAACAGACAUAUAGUCAAAUUCCAGGUUUUGUUUACGUUUUGGGUUGAUCAAAAGUGUACAUUUGGCUCAGUCCUUAACCCCUUAAGGACACAGCUUCAGAAGCUUGACUUACGCUUAAUGACACAAGCAAUUUUUGCAUUUUCUUGCUGUUUGCGUUCAACUGCAAUUUGCAUCUCUCUCAUUUAUUGCACCGACACAUAUUAUAUACUGUUUUUUUAAAGGACAGAAAGGGCUUUAAUUUGAUAUAACAUAUAUAUAUAUAUAUAUAAAAAUGCUUGCUUACUUAUAAAAAAAAUACAGAAAAAUGCAAAACAAAAGAAAAAUAUUGUUUUUUUUUUUUUUUUUUACAGUUUUUGCAAUUAUAAUGUGUGCAUAAUUAGUGCAGGUUAAGGAAAGUAAUUAAAAAUUUAUUUAUUUGUUCUGAUUUACAGAAUAUAUAAUGUGUCUGGGAUUUAAAGUUUUUCUUGGUAGUUACAGGUCACAAAGCACAAGGAGUAAAAUAAACUUUUAAUGUGGAGCGAUUUUAGAAUUUGGUAUGUUUGUCUUGUAAGCUUAAUAGCCAUAAAAGAAAACAAAAUUGCCACACAAAAGUAUAUAUUUAUAUAUAGUAGACAUCACGGGCUAUUUACCUAAGGUUGUUUUGACACUUUCUACGUAGCCAUUUCACCGCCAACCUCUGCUAAAUAUUGGAGUAAAAUUGUGUUCUUUUUGGUUUUUGGCACACAAACUUAUAACAGAGAAAUUCUCAUGUAUAUUUUGUAAAGUUGGUGUGUGCUAUUCCUGUACAAAGUUUUAUUUUGUGUUCAGUUACAUCUGCUGAGUAAAAUGACACCCCAUUGUAUGUCUUUUGCACUAUUUCGUGAAGUUACAGUGCCAUACAGGAUACCUGUCCUUUUCAGUAUUCACAGUAGAAUUUUGAGAGAUGAAUUUAAUGAGCCUUAGCUUCCAUUUGGGGUAUUAUAACAGUUUGACUGUUCAAAAAACCCCCACAAAGGCCUACCAUUUGUAAAAGUAGACACUCCAGGGUAUCUUAUAAGGUGCAUAUUGUGCCUUAACAUGCACCCAUUUUUUCACCAAUAUAUGCCAAAGUAUGUGGUAAAAAAUAAUUUGGGGCAUUUUUUACAUACGGAUUGCAUUUUUGCUGGGCGUUUUGUAUAUUUCAUAUGUGCCACUAAGUUCAAACCUCCCAAAUUAUGCUCAGCUAAGUUUUUUGAGUAAAAAUACACCCCCAAUGAAUGUCUUUGUCACUAUUUUGUGAAGCUACAGUGCCAUAUAGGAGACCAAGCCAUAUCCGUUUUUACCAACUUUGAAUUUUGAUGCUGGGCCUAUGUGCAAUUUCCAAGCAUCUUCGCAGGUUUUAAAUUCAAACUACCCCACAAAGGCCUACCAUUUCUUAAAGUAGACACCCCAGGGUGUUUCAAAAGGUAUAGUUUGAACCUUAGCGUGGGAUCAUUUUUCCGCUAGCUUGUACCAGAUGUAGUGGUAAUAAGCGUUUUUUCUGCCUUUUUGACAUACAAAGUGAGUUUGCACAGUAUAUUUUGCAAACCUUAUGUGUGCUACGACUGUAUAAUACUUCAUAUGUUGCUCAGCUAUGUCGGCUGAGUACAGCAAUACCCCCGUAUGUACCUUUGCCAGGUAUGUGUGGACAUCGGAGGGGCACAUUUGGGACACAGCCAUUCCAGUUUUUUUCAAACUUUGAAUUUUUAUGCUGUGCCUAUGUCCCAUUUUAGAGUAUUUUACCAGGCUAUAUAAUCCAAAUUCCCCAUAAAGCCAUACCAUUUCUUAAAGAAGACAUCCCAGGGUAUUUCAAAAAGGCAUAUUUUGAACCUCAGCGUGGGAUCAUUUUUCCGCUAGCUUGUACCAAGUGUAGUGGUAAUAAGCAUUUUUCUGCCUUUUUGACAUACAAAGUGAGUUUGCGCAGCAUAUUUUGCAAACCUUAUGUGUGCUAUGACUGUAUAAUACUUCAUAUGUUGCUCAGCUAUGUCGGCUGAGUACAGCAAUACCCCCGUAUGUACCUUUGCCAGGUAUAUGUGGAUGUUGAAGGGGCGCAUUUGAGACGCAGCCAUUCAGUUUUUUUCUAACUUUGAAGUUUUACGCUGUGUCCAUGUUCCAAUUUGGAGUAGUUUAGACGGUUGGUUAUUGAAACUUCCCCACAAACACAUACUAUUUAUUAAAGAAUACACCCUGGGGUAAUUCAAAAGGCAUAUUUUGAACCUUGGCGUGGGAUAAUUUUUUCUCUAGUUUGUUCCAGGUGUAGUGGUAAUGAGCGUUUUUAAAAUGUAUUUUUUUACUUUUUAUAACUUUUUUACUUUUAAAAACUAGUUUUUAAACUUUUGUUUUGCUUAUAAUUUUUUUUAAAACUUUCCUAAACUUUCUUAAAACUUUUUUUACAGAUUUAACAUUUUUCUAAGCUUUUUUUUAACCGUUAACCCCUAACUAGCAGUACGCAGCACUAACAGUAAAUUCCCCAUUUUCCCAUAACUCCCACCCACCCCAGCUAGCAAAAUAUAUAGUUAUAAAAUAUUUAAAUUAAUUAAUUAAAUAAAUUGAACCCCUGAGGGUUAAAAAAAUAAAUAAAAGUUAAUCCUCAGGGGUUAAAAAAAAUUAGAUCACAGUAUAAUACUGUGAUCUCUAUUUGAUCGCUGUAGGCAGUGAUCGACUGGCAGGGAAGGGGUUAAUUUUUAUUUGGACUAGGUAAAGUGUUUUUUUUGUUUUUUUUUACUUAAAUGUUAUUAAAACAUUUUUUUAAGCUUAAUUUUUAACUUUUUAAAGUUUCUUUUAAAACUUUUUUUUAACGUUAACCCCUAGUUAGCCUAACGCCAAAUCCCCCAAUUCCCCACUAACUUCCACCCACCCCAGCUAUCUAAAUAUAUAAUUUAAAAAUAAUUUAAUUAAUUAAUUUAAUUAAUUUAACCCCUGAGGGUUAAAAAAAAAAGAAUUAACCCUCAGGGGUUAAAAAAAUAAAUCAGAUCAUAGUAAAAUGUAAUCCCUGCCAAUUGAUCACUGUAGUCAGUGAUCAAUUGGCAGGGAAUGGGUUAAUUUUUUAUUAAAAUGGGUAAGGGGGGGACACUUUAAAUUAACUUUAUUUUUUUUUCCAGCAGGGGGCAGGAUCAUCACUGAUCCGGCUCCCUGCACUUCACACAGAACCCGGAAGUGCAGGGAGCCGGUAGGUGAGUAUACAGAGCACAUGUGCUCGCUCUGACUUGCGGUCAGAGCAAGCACAUGUGCUGGGCAGCCUGACCGUGUGCUCCCGGUAUGCCUCUAAUGCAGAGGCAUACCGGAGCACCAUUAACCCCGCGAUUGCUGCGAUAGCGGCGAUCCGGGGUUAAUUUUACCGCGUGACGGGUGAGGUCCGUCACCCGUCGUUAAGGGUCUCCCCUCUGUGACGGACCUCGUCCGUCACCCGUCCUGAAGGGGUUAAGCGGCUAAAGGAGUAAAUGUUAUGGACUUGUCAACAUAAAUAACAAUGCCUCCUCCUCUCUUUGCUGUGUCAUUUCUAAAACAUGAAUAACCCUGUAUUGCAAUGGCGGAGUGAUGAUGUAACUUAAUUCUGUACUAGAAGAAAUAUAGUUUUCUCAGUAAUUUCACUUAGUCUAUCUAAAGUUCUGCACCAGUUUUUAGAAUGUUAAAUGCUUUACUGUAGUCCCUUUCCUCUUCUCUUCCAAAUCUCACCAUUCCUUAUAACCCCAUACAUUUUUACAUUUAGAUACAUUCAGGGUGGAUUUGAUUUAAAUCAAACGGAUUUAAAUCAAUAGUCAGUAAGGCUUGAUUUAAAUCAUAGUUUUCUACAUAAAGACAAAUUCUUGCUGGUAUAACUUUAUUAUGCAAGUAGAUGAAGAUUUUUAAAAUAACAACAACAACUUUUCAUAUGUUUUUUCAUCCCCAGUUUAAAAUAGGUUAAUCAUUCAUAUUUGGACAACCUUUCUGUUGUACUUAGGAAGGAGAAAAAUAAUCAUUACCUUAAUAAAAAUUUAAAUAGAUUUAUUCAACUGAAACAAUAACAUUACAGCAUAUGUUAUUUGCUUAAACAAACAUCCAUGUUUCUUAACUAAUUUGGCUAAACAAAAUAUAUAUAUUUUUUUUUUUAGAAACUUAGACUGUCAGCCCAGCCUACACAUGAAAAACUUAAAUACUGUCCUCUGUAGCUCAUUCGUCAUCUUCAUCUUCUUCUUUGUUCAUAAUCUGGAAAAGAAAAACAAGCUAUCUUGCUUUAUCGGGUCCCAAACGAUUUCUCAAUUUAGAAUGAAUGAGUCCAAAGGAAGAGCAUAUUCUUUCAGCGCCUGCAGAAGAAGCUACUGCUGUUAAAAAUGAAAUCCUUACUUGAACAGUCUCUAAAUCAAAGUGCUUAAGUGACUUCCACCAGUUCACUGGUGUGACAUUCUUUAAAAUAUCUUCAGCAAACAUAUAUUUCUUGAAUGGUUCCCCCUUAGCUUUGAAGUUUUAUUAUAGUUGGCAUUACAGAUGGAUGAUUGGAUACCCAUGUCAUAGCUAACUCCUCUUCCUCAGCACCCUGGUACUGGAUAUUGACAAUAUUUGCCAAAAAAUGAGCUGGAGACAGUACUUGUCCCAUUUGUUUUUUUUUUUAAUGCUUUUAAUUUAAUUCUGUCCAUGUAUAGUUCUGUUUUUAAGUGUUCACUCAGUUCCUUCCAAAUUCAACAGCAUCAGCAAUAAAACAGCUGUUUUUCUGUAUUUUGUUUAAAGCUUCAGUGAUGGGUUUCAGGGUGCUCAGCAUAUGUUCAACAUUUCUCUUAAGCCCAAUGUUGAGGAUUUUGGCCGUGACAGUGCCAUCUAUUUUAUCUCGAUUUUGUUCACAAACUGUCAUCAGAAUAGGCCAGUUCUUGAUAUACUGCUCAAAACAGCCCACCACAGAGUUCCAUCUAACAUCUUGUGGGAGCGUUAGCUUGGUUCCACCCAUCCUUUUCAGAGCUGCUGCAGCAAAAUCAUUGUUACGGAAGUAUUUAGCAAUUUCAACAACAUUGGUCUUUAUUUCUGGAACACUUAAAGCGGCACUGUCAUGCCGAACUUACCUUUCCUCAAUCUCUACCUCUUCUCGCCCUGUCUCAGGAUCUGUUCGAAUGAAUGAAACUCCGAUCCUAUUCAUACUGUGGCUGCAUCUUACAGCCGCUUAGUAGAUAACUCCCUAAUUCCCACGGUAUCAGGGAACUAUCUACUUAAAGGAUGAAAGACCUAAAUUGGUCUUUCAGCCGAAUUUACUAAUACUAAGUAAAAAUUACUUAGUAUUAGUAAAUAAUAUGCCCCUACUAUACCGCGAGUAGGGGCAUGUCUGGUAAACAGUGAGCAGCCUGUGGCUGCUCACUGUAAAAAAACCAAACAAAAAUAAAACUAUUGGUCCCCACACCUAAACGAUGGGUGGGGGCCCUAAAGUAAAAUAAGGGGGGAGACCUCUGCGCGGUUGGUGGGGGUCAUAAUGAUAAUGAGGGGGGGCCUACUGUCCACCCCCCCUCCGGCCCCCACCCCUGGACGGCGGGUGGGGGCCAUAAUAAUGAGGUGGGGGGAGACCUACUGUCCACCCCGGCCCCCACCCCUGGGCGGCGGGUGGGGGCUAUAAAAACAAUGGGGGGGAACCUACUGUCCUUUCCCUCGUCCCCACCCCACGGCGGCGGGUGGGGGCCAAAUGAUAAUGAGGGAGGGGACCUACUGUCCACCCCCCCUCCGGCCCCCACCCCUGGGCGGCGGGUGGGGGCCAUAAAGAUAAUGGGGGGGGGACCUACUGUCCUCCUCCCCUUCCCCCCACCCCUGGGCGGCGGGUGGGGGCCCCUUAGUCAAUUCCCCCCCCCUACAAGGUGACUAGGGGUCCCCAAGCCCCUAGUCACCCCCCCACCCAAAUAAAAAGUCCCUACCUACCCCCCUCACCCUAAAAAAUAGUGAGGGGGGGAAUAAAAUAACUAACCUGUAAAUUAAAAUUAAACUUACCAUUCAACGUCUUCUUUUUUCUCAAAUCUUCAUUUUUCAGCCCCAAAAAAGGCCAAAUAAAAAACCAUCAUAACCGUCGAAUUUAAAAAAAAAAUCCCGAGCGUAAAAAAAAAAACUGACGAAAAAGAAAAAACGCGAGCGCAAAAAAAAAAAUCCAUCUUCACCCAUGGAGGGCUCCGCGGGGCGGGGGAAGGCUUAUAAAACCUUGCCCCGCCCUGCAAUUAGGCUAAGAACACUCUGGUGGGUUUAAGCCAAUCAGAGUGCUCUUUGUCAUUUUACACAGCGUGGGAAAAUUCAAAAGAAAAGGGUCGGGAUUUUUUUUUUUUUUUUUGACGGUUAUGUUGGUUUUUUGUUUGGCGUUUUUUGGGGCUGAAAAAUUAAGAUUUGAGAAAAAAGACGUUGAAUGGUAAGUUUACUUUUAUUUUAUUCCCCCCUCACUAUUUUUUAGGGUGAGGGGGGUAGGUAGGGACUUUUUAUUUGGGUGGGUGACUAGGGGCUUGGGGACCCCUAGUCACCUUGUGGUGGGGGGGAAUUGACUUAGGGGCCCCCACCCGCCGCCCAGGGGUGGGGAGGACAGUAGGUCCUCCCCCCUUCAUUAUCUUUAUGGCCGCCGCCCAGGGGUGGGGGCCAGAGGGGGGGGGGUGGAUAGUAGGUCCCUCCCCCCUCAUUAUCAAUAUGAUACACUGAUACUCAAUGUUUGUUUGUUCGGCUGAUAUUUCUAUUCACUCGUUCGUCUGUCUGAUGAAUGAAUGAAUAGAUGAAAUUCCCGUUCGCAUGUCCAGGUGUGUCACUGGGCAUGUGCGGGAAUCUCAGUGCUAUCUAGUGUGGGCAGAUGACGUGUCCCACAGGGACUUCAUCUACCCACACAAAGAUGGCGGCGCCCUGAAUAAAGAUCGGGGCAGAUAAUAAGGAAUAAAAAAAUAGGUAAUGUGGGGGGGCUCAGGGGCAUUUGGGGGUGACUAGGGUGUCAGAUGUAGUGGAGGCUGGAGGGGGCUUAAAAAAACCAAAAAAACAGGAUUCGGCAUGACAGUGCCGCUUUAAGUCUUUGGCUAAGAGGUGCAGCAAAUGAGCACUGCAACCAUAUGUUAUAACCUUUGGAUGGUAAUAUAUGUUCCUCAAAAAGCAUUUUAAUUUAAAAAAAAAAUCAUUGAUUUUUAUCCACCCUGGAUACAUUAGAGAUGAUUAUUUCUUAUUAGCUCAUAUUAAUGCUGUUUUUAUAAAUGCUGUUUUCAUUCAUAGAUAAAUAGAAAUGUGAUAACUAUUCUUGUUUGCUCUCUUUUUAGCCCUUCCUAGUUUAGGCUAUGAGAAGACAUGUGUUCUCUUCAAUAUCGGUGCUUUGGCUAGCCAGAUUGCAACUGAACAGAAUCUUGAUAAUGAUGAAGCAUUAAAAACAGCUUCCAGGUUUUAUCAGGUAUGGGAAUCCAAUCUUUGGUUUUGACCUUUAUUUAUUAACUUUUGACAAAUUUUGUACAUAACAAAAAGUAAAAAUAAAGGGGUGCUUUUAAGCAACAUGGCAAUUAUGGUAUUUUAUGUGAUGGUUAUGUAUUUCAUCAGUACCUUAUUUAGUGUACCAGAGUAUAGUUUGUAUAUGUUGUUUUUUAUGUUUGAGUAUGAAUAUAAAGUAGGGGUAAAAUUUAUCAUGAUUGUCUUUCUGUGGUAGCUUGUAGACUUAUGCACAAUGCUAUUCACCUGUGCUGAAUGAAUCAAAUUUCUGUUCUUCCAGUGAAUUGCCGGUAUUUGAUUAAUUCAGCACAGGUGAAUGGGAUUUGUGCACAAGUCUAGUAACUUUCAUGUAUGGAUAAAUGUUUGUAUUAAUAAUAUCGACAAAUUUUAUAGUGUCACAUAUAACUAGUAUUAUAACCUGUGUAAAUGGUAAUUAUAACAUCUCUAGCAUUGAUGUUAUGCAAGUAAUCCCUCCCUUCUAUAAUAGAACCCCUUAUUUCCCCUGUAGUUUACCUGUCUUUCCCCAAUUCUCAUCCCACAUUCUGAUGUCAGUUAAGGAACAUUAAAGGAACACUAGGCAUCCAUACCACUUCAGCUUAUUGAAGUGGUGUGACUGCAGUGCCCCUGUCCCAUUAACCCAGGGUUAACUCCAUCUCUAGUGGCUGUCUAGCAGACAGCCACUAGAGGCACUUUUGGGUCGUUGGUCGUCUGACACUGGACUACCUCACACUCUGCAUAAGGAAAUCAAGCUUCGGCUAAAACUACUUAAGUAAGCAUUAGGGAGGGGAGGGCUUGAGCGAGGUGGCACUAUAGGGUACUAUAGUGCUAGUAAUACAACUUUGUAUUCCUAGCACUAAAUUUUCCAUUUAACCUUAUCAAAGCCGCCCACUUACAUUUCUUUAAGACAUGGAGUUACACAGAACAAACUUGCAGAUAUGGACAAACACUGAUGUGCUUACUGCACGUAGGCAUACAUUCUCACAUGAUAUAAAUACAGUCAUGUAAAUCCGAUCACACAUAUUCUACACUCAGUCAACAGAGGCAUAAAUUCAGAUAUGCACAUCAAGAUGUACAAAAACACAGCAUUCUCACACUAGUGCAGCGGGCUGUAGUGGUUAUUUUGCUUGGAGCGUGUUUUUUAAUAGGGAUUCUUUAGUUCUAAUGUGAAACUUUUAUUAGCUUUAAACUAAAUUAACAAUAGACAUAGUUUACAGAGUAAAAUUUUAUCCACACCUAUACACACCUAAACAAGAAGUGCAACCCACAAAUAGGUUCAUAAUAAACAUAAGGGUUUUACAUUCAUUGAUUGCAAAAACUAUUCAUUUUGAUUAUAAUUCCUUGCAUCAUGUAGAUUCAGUAUAGUUUUAAAUUAGUGGGCAAUUUUAUUACAAAUAAAAUCUGUUAACGGGAAGCAAAGUGGUCUGGGUGUUGUGCCACUGUCCCCUUAGUCCUGCAUUGUAAAUCAUUGCCUUUUUUUUGAAACUACAAUGAUUACAUUGCCAGGGAGGUAGGGACCAGAGGGAACUGUAGUGUUAGGGAUACAACUUGUCAGUAUGUGUAAUGGGAUUAAUAAUUAAAACUUUUAGUGUCUUUACUAGUGUUUAUUUAGUUAAUCAAUGUUUGUAUGUUUUCCUAAUAGUAUGGUUUCUCUUCACAGCUUGCUAGUGGAGCAUUUGGUCACAUCAAGGAUACAGUUUUGUCUUCUUUAAACCGUGAUCCUACUGUUGAUAUAUCUCCAGACACUGUUGGGACACUCAGUCUAAUAAUGCUUGCUCAAGCCCAAGAGGUGUUUUUCUUAAAAGCUACAAGAGGUAUUUAUAUCAUGGAAAAUGUAUGUGCUGCUCUUUGGUUAGUAUAGAAUUUUAUUUUCUCAUGUCCUUCUUUUGUGGAAGAAAAUUAAAAAAAAUAAAAAAUAUAUAUAUAUAUAUUUUAGUGCAGUGUGCUAGAUAUAGCUUAGACAUACAAUAGCUAUAAGCAUAAACAAGUGUAUAAGUAUUUCUUAAAGGCACACUCCACUGCAUAAAUACAAAAACAACUGUUUAGUAGAUAUACACCAAAUAAAAAAUACAUGCAUUUUUAAAAAUUGAUUUAUUGAUUGAUUUUAUUUUGGGGUAUAUUUAAAGGGAUACUAUAGUCACCAAAACAACUUUAGCUUAAUAAAUCAGUUUUGGGGUAUAGAUCAUGCCCCUGCAGUCUUACUGCUCAAAUCUCUGCCAUCUAGGAGUUAAAUCACUUUGUUUAUGCAGCCCUAGUCACACCUCCCUGCAUAUGACUAACACAUCCUUCCUAACCACUUCUUGUAAAGCAGCUAUGUCAAACUCGCGGCCCACAACUAAUAUUUAUGCGGUGAGGGAGCACUGAGUGUAAGCUCUCCCUGCAGUAAUGCAGGGAGCCGGAAUAUAAUAGGGAGCUGAGCAGGGAGAGUUUACACUCUGCGCUCCUUCACUGCCUGCCCACCCACCCCCAUGCCUGCCCAGCAGCCCCACUAGACCCCAGGUAAGAAACCAAGCCUGUAUGUCUAUCGUUGUGUGUGUGUGUGUGUGGCUGUGGUUGUGUGUGUGUGGCUGUGGUUGUGUGUGUGUGGCUGUGGUUGUGUGUGUGUGGCUGUGGUUGUGUGUGUGUGUGGCUGUGGUUGUGUGUGUGUGGCUGUGGUUGUCUGUGUUGUGUGUGUGUGUGGCUGUGGUUGUCUGUGUGGUUGUGUGUGUGUGUGUGUGUGUGUGCUGUGGUUGUGUGGUUGUGUGUGGUUGUGGUUGUGUGUGUGUGGCGUAUGGCUGUGUGUGUGUGUGUGGCUAUGGCUGUGUGUGUGUGUGUGGGCGCUAUGGCUGUGUGUGUGUGUGGGGCUGUGUGUGUGGGGCUAUGGCUGUGUGUGUGUGGCUAUGGCUGUGUGUGUGUGUGGCUAUGGCUGUGUGUGUGUGGCUAUGGCUGUGUGUGUGUGGCUAUGGCUGUGUGUGUGUGUGGCUAUGGCGUGUGUGGGGCUAUGGCUGUGUGUGUGUGGCUAUGGCUGUGUGUGUGUGGCUAUGGCUGUGGUGGCUGUGUGUGUGUGUGUGUGUGGUGUGUGGUGGUGGCUAUGGCUGUGUGUGUGUGUGGUAUGGUGUGUGUGUGGCUAUGGCUGGCUGUGUGUGUGUGUGUGUGCGCUAUGGCUGGCUGUGUGUGUUUUAAGGAGUAACGCGAGGAUCCGCUUUUUAAAGGUGCGGAUGGGGCCAUUGAGGGUAUGCCAGAGACUGGACUCCAGACAUUGCUUAAUGUUUUUUUUUUUUUUUUUUAAAUAAACAGGGGCAGGGUUUAGUAGACGAGGGGGGGGGAGACCAAGGGUUUAGAAGAGGGGGUGAAAAUUUACGUUUUUUUUUUUUGUUUGUUUUUCAGCCCACAUAAACUUAAACCUUGUUUAUUUGGCCCUUACUAGUUUUUGAGUUUGACAUGCUUGUUGUAAAGUGACAUCUGUUUACUACACUUUUAUUAUCUCCUGCACUGUUAAUAGCUUGCUAGACCUUGCAGGAGCUGAUUGGACAGCAACAAAAAGUAUGGGGCAUUAUCGAUACACAAAGACUGCUUCAGUAAGCUAAAGUUGUUUUGGUGGCUAUAGGGUCCCUUUAAAAUCAGCGUGCUAACGCUGCAGAUUGCAUAAAGCCUUUGCAAGUCCUCUGUUUUUUCCCCAGCCUAUACUUUUUGUUGCUGUCCAAUCAUAGUCUUCCCAAUGCAGCUCUGACAUAUCUUUGCAAGGCAGAUCCCCCUGUGCAAUUGCAGCCUGUUGAAUUUAGCUCUUCUGAGCUAAACAACCAGGAAGUAGCAGAACCACUUCUGAUUCAGUGUUUAAAAUGUAAAGUCUGAUGGUACUAGCCUUGGCAAAGCUCCUUGCCAUAGCAUACUCGCCAAGGGCUGUAACAAUGUUAUUUUAUAAAAUUGCUUAUUUCUAUUUAAAUGGGGGAAAAACAGAGGGUGCACUGUUGACAAAUACAGCACUUCUGCAAGCUAAAAUGCUUUAUGAUUUUGAAUUGUUCUUUUUAUGUAAUCUGAUUUUUAUAGUUGGUUUUUGAGACUUUAUUUAUUUUUAAGCAAGUUGUUUUGGGUAACAGAAUAUCCCUUUCCUUUUGGCACAAGUGUAUGGUCAGUGAGGCCAUGGAUUGACUGCUUGGGACAUUUUGAAUUAUCAAUGGAUAGAUCAAGAAAAAAUGCAUGAUAUGAUACCUACAUGUUCACCAAAAGUGUGAAACUAAUCGCUUUUUAUUUGUUUUUCUUUACUUACUUUUGUUCAUGCGUAUUAAACAUGGGAAUUGUGAUGUACACUAUUUGUGCAACUCUAUAUGUCAGCCUGUUCAUCCAAGUUAUUGUUAAUUUAGUAACACAAAUUACACAAACACUUGAUUAUUUCUACUACAGAUAAAAUGAAAGAUGCUUUGAUUGCCAAAUUGGCUAACCAAGCUGCUGAUUACUAUGGGGAUGCUUUUAAACAGUGUCAGAACAAGGAUACAUUACCAAAGGUCAGUAUGACUAAUGUUCCUUUUUAAGAAUUUUUUUUUUUUUUUUUUAAUAUAUUCUUUAUUUACACAAUGCAAAAGUCGUAAUUUACAUAAUAAACUAAUACAGUGAAUGAAAAACAAAAUGCAAUCUUCACAGUGAAACUAUAUUGUCAACUCAAGUCAAGGAUUCAGGGAUAUUGCAUGGUUCAUAACAAUAUAUCACUCUCGUUUGAAGCCUCCCUAGCUAUGAGCAUAUUGACAAGCUGUAAAAAGGGAAAUUCCACUUUAGGGAAUACUCGUUAGAUGUAGAGCAGUGUGCAAAGAGCGAAAGAGAUAAAAUCCCCUGAACUGGAAUGAUAAAGACAACAAACAUCAACUAGCAUAGUAAUGGCAGUGGAGACCAGGAAGGUUUGUGGAGAAAAGCCAAAAGGAAAUUGUGAUAAAGUAUGUGGACGGGAAAAUGGGUAACAUGUGUAAUAACUGUCUGAAAGGUUUGUGAUUUUAGUGAAAACAUGAUUAAAAAUAGUUUUAUAGAAAUUGUAGACAUAGUUCACUAGUUAAUUUCUUUAAUUUCUUUAAUCCUGACACGCUGGAGCUUUUUUUUUUUUUUUUUUAAGUGAGAACAUUCACUUUUUUAUUUUCAUUUAUCAUAAAGAUUAAUUAUAUUUUAAAAUAUUUACCUUUUCUCCAGAGCUGUUGAUGCUGCCAUGAUCUUGAGUUUUUAUGUAUUACAGUAUUGUCACAUUAUUGCCUCCUGCUUCUACACAAUUGAGCAUGCUGCGUGAAAAGCAUUUAGUGGGGCGUUACUGGUAAUUGAUCAGUGAAAGCUAGGCGUGCAGUACAUGACUUGAAACAUCUUACUUUUGUUAAUUGAGAACUCAAGUCUGCUUAUUUGAAGAAUAAAAACAAAUUCAAGAUCAUAAAACACAUAUUAAAAGUGUUGGGGUUUUUUUAUACAUAAGGAAUAUACAACAACAUAUGGGAAUGUCUAACAUAAUGACAAACAGAUAAUAUAAAUUUAUAUAAAACCAAGAGGUACCAAACAACUGUGGGGUUUUUUUUUUUUUUUUUUUUUUUUUUACCUAUAGUACAGUGCUGUAGAAUGUGUUCAUGUUUUUAUAAUGUGUUCAUGCUGAGGGGGGUGGAAGGGGUUAAUCGCUUACCUCUUUUCCAGCGCUGGGGACUCUCCUCCCUCUUCUUCCGUCAUCGGCUGAAUGCGCAUGCGCGGCAAGAGCCACGCGCGCAUUCAGCCAGUCCAUAGGAAAGCUUUCUUAAUGCUUUCCUAUGGACGCUGGCGUCUUCUCACUGUGGAAGUCACAGUGAGAAGCGCGGAAGCGCCUCUAGCGGCUGUCAAUCAGACAGCCACUAGAGGCUGGAUUAAUCCUAUUGCAAACACAGCAAUUUCUCUAAAACUGCUAUGUUUACAGCAAAAAGGGUUAAACCUAGAUGGACCUGGCACCCAGACCACUUCAUUAAACUGGUCUGGGUGCCUAUAGUGGUCCUUUAAAUAUUUCAAAAAGUGUAUAUAUAAAAUAGCAGAGUCAUAGAGUAGUAAAUAAACCCCUUUUUUCGCUUAAUAUAGGGUUUCCCCAUUAACUAUAUAAUGAAGAGGCAGACAUGUAAACUAAACAAGUAUACAGAUGUGUAUACUUAAACACUAUAUGCCAAUUGUCUUUAUGCCCAUCCUGUAUAUUUUAUUCUUAUUUGUGGAAUGCUAUAAAAGAUUCAGUUCUGACGUUCUUGCUGUGAAAUAGCUUUAGGUGAUUAGACAAUUUUAAAAUUAUUUAAAAUAAAUAAUGACAAACAGGUUGAACUACUUGGCUUUUAAAUGGUUUGAUAUUCACCUUGUAAAUCCUCUGCUUUUAAAUCACAAGCCUUGUCUUGGUCAUUUUAUGCUUUUAUAUUUCUUGGUCUUCUUGGUGCAUGCUCUCUUUUAUUAGUAGUCUCUUGGGAAUACUAAUUGGAUUGAAUUAAAUGAGUGAAAAAUUAACAUCCUUCUGUACGUUGCUUAUUUUCAAUGCCUUUGAUAAUUUCUUCACAUUUAAUUCAACCUUUUUCUAAUGGUUUAACCUAUCUAAGUGGUUGGUGCACGGUCCUAAUCUACUUUCUUCCCCCUUUAUCUUUCUUGACCUCCCUUGUGUCUGUGGCUGUUUUUGUGUGGUUGGACUCUCCCCUGGUCAGUAUUUCUAUUUCCAGGAGGUGAUCCCUGUGCUGGCUGCCAAACACUGCAUAAUGCAAGCCCAUGCUGAAUAUCACCAGUCAGUCCUGGCAAAGCAGCAAAAGAAAUUUGGUGAAGAAAUUGGGAGGUUACAGGCAAGUAUUUUAAAUGUUUGUUUUUCCUUGUAAAGUGCUCCCAUGUUUAAGAUUGUGUGAUUUCCAGUUGACUGAAAAUUUCAUAACCCCUUGUAAAUUGUGUGAACUAUUUAUUUAUUUUUCCCUAAAGUAAUUUUAGUGGUUUUCUUUCCAAGAAUAAAUUAAUUACUCACUCAAAUAACGGAAUAUUUAAAAUUUAGGUCCACAUGCCACAGGGAGAAAUAGUUUUGAAAGUUUGAAGGCAUAUCCAAUUUUCCCACAAAUAGGUAGGGGAAAAAAAUUAUCUUUGAUUCCAAAAUGGCCAUCAGAUAUCUCCUUGUGUAGUGCUAGAGAUUGCGUAUCCAUGGCAAGAUUUAUUGAUUACACAGAAACACGUGUGGUUGGUUUUAGGGCAGGAAUUUUAUUACCAAAGGGUUAGCAGGAUUAACAGAAAUAGCAUCUGUUGCAACAAAGCGGUUUGUCCCAUCAAUCCUGGAAAAUCAUGCAAUAUGGAAAAUGCAUAAAGGCAAAGUAUGUAUUAAGAUAAGGAUUCAGAAGAUAUUCCUAAACCACUUCAGUCAGGCUCUCUACGCAUUGUGCAUGGUUUCUUUUUCUCUCUCUUGAGAAGAGAUCAUGAUGUACCAUGACCACUACAUCGUGUUUUAAUAGCUAUGGUUCUUUGAGUGUGUCUUUAAGUUUAGAUCUUUGAGCUAGAGCUGCAACCAAAAUUUGUGGCAUAAAGGGCAAUUAUUAUUAUUUUUGUUAUUUAUAUAGUGCCAUCAAAUUCCACAGCGCUUUACAGUUGGUGGAUGAAAAGACAUGAAGUUGUGAUCAGACAAGUUGGACAUACAGGGACAGGGGGGUUGAGGGCCCUGCACAAUGAGCUUACAUACUAGAGGGAGUGGGGUAAAGUGACACAAAAGGUAAGGAUAGUAUUAGAAUAAUGGCAGUUUGCAAGAGAGGAAUCAGUCGGGAGCUAUUACAGUUUAAUUGAUACACUUUUAUGAAGAAGUGGGUUUUUAGUGAUUUUUUUUUUUUGAAGGAGUGGAGACUGGGUGAGCAUCUAACAGAGUAGGGAAGUGAGUUCCACAGGAACGGUGCAGCCCUGGAGAAGUCUUGAAGGCGAGCAUCAGAGGUGGGAGGACGGACAGAAGAUAGACGCAAGUCUUCAGCAGAGCGUAAGGGCCUAGACGGGGGGCAUACUUGUGUAUUAGUGAGGAUAGAUAGGUGGUAGCAGCAAUCUAUCUGAACAAGUGGACAGCCUACCCAAUGUCUACAAAAACUACAGUUUGUCAGACACACUCCUAGGAGAAAAAAAAAAUAUAAAAAGCUUUGAUAGUUCUAGGUAUCCCAGUUGUUUCCCAAGUCACUCUGAACCCAAAAUAGCAAGUGACACCAGGUACUGCUUCUUCCAAUAUAGCAUAUGAUACCGCACUCAAUAAUUUUUAAAAUAAGUAAUUACUCUAUUUAAUAAAUAAUUAAUUUUGCAAGUGUAGUUAUAUUUAAUUUAAUAUAUGCAAAAAAGUGAGAAGAUACUACAAGAAUAAGUUUUCUGGAGAUGAUAUAUCCUAUGACAACCAACGAUACUCCAUGCAUGUAUAAAUAAACCCCUACAAAGUCCGACUUACUAUGUAGUGAUAGUGCUAAACUGCACUUAUAUAUUUGAGAGCCCAGAUUGCUAUCUGGAAGAUUUCUUGAAAAAGGAAGUACAAAAAAUAAAAAUUGAAAAAAAUUAUAGAAAAUAAUGAAAAAUAGAAAAAUCGAAGGGGCUAUCAAGGUCCCGAGCGCGCAGCCCAGCACCUCAAGACAUUUGAGAUACUCCCAGCACUUUACCGAUACUGGAGAGACCUUAUAUGCAUCCAGGGAGAAGUAGCAGGACUACCAGUAUAUCUUGUACUGUGAACAGCUCAUUGUACCAUCAAUUGUAUAUAUUACAGCUUUGUCUGCAACAGGACCUGCCUCUACAGAAAUAUUGGUGACAUCCACCCAAACAUCAUAGUGUGUACACACUGGGACUGUAUAUACAUUAUUUUUUUUCAUUAUUUUCUAUAAUUUUUUUUCAAUUUUUAUUUUUUGUACUUCCUUUUUCAAGAAAUCUUCCAGAUACCAAUCUGGGCUCUCAAAUAUAUAAGUGCAGUUUAGCACUAUCACUACUAAGUAAGUCGGACUUUGUAGGGAUUUAUUUAUACAUGCAUGGAGUAUCGUUGGUUGUCAUAGGAUAUAUCAUCUCCAGAAAACUUAUUGUUGUAGUAUCUUCUCACUUUUUUGCAUAUGUUAAAUCAAAUAUAACUACACUUGCAAAAUUAAUUAUUUAUUAAAUAGAGUAAUUACUUAUAUUAAAAAUUGAGUGCAGUAUCAUAUGUUAUGUUUGUUUUGAGGUAAAAGGGCUACCUUGAUACCUUGCACCGAUACGGAUAAAAGAGUGCCUGUACAUAUAAUUGUACUGCUUCUUCCAAUGCAGAUCACAGAAGCACUUUAGCUCUAUCCUGAAAAGUAAGAAGAUAGUCCCAUUGUCAUGCCCUUGGGCCACAGCAAUUAUUUAAUUUCAAGAAACAAAGUACCUGGGCACAAAAAAACCUAAUUUGCCAUCCAUAGUGCUGUGAACUUCCAAUACAAACCAACAGAAUAACUCCCAACACAAAACUAUAUUACUUUAAAAUUUCUUCCAAAAAAAGAGCAAUCAAAGAAGUAUCCCGAAGCAAAAUAACUUGGACGAGUAACUCCCAAGAUGCAUAACUAAACAUUACAAUCCACAGAAACCACUUAAAAUAACACUCCAGGCACAUUAACAAUUGCAGCUCAAUAAGGCUGUGAUGGAAUUUUUGGGCACCAUCUUACCUUAAGGGAUUAAUCGAUCUAUAAAAGCAUGCAUCCCCCAGGGUUUUGUGUCUCCAUCUUCUGCCCUACCUUCAAUGCUGAAGCCUUGUAUUUGACAUUGCUUAUAGUCUGAGUGCAUAAAUUGACAUUCUCAGCCCAACACCGGUCUUCAAUUGAGAAAUAUGCUUUAGAAUAGAAACAACGCCCUGUCCAAAGCUUAUGUGUUGAAAUUGGGAUCAGAAGAGGAGACAAAAGGGACCUGGAGGAUGGGCUUUGUCUGGCGUCCCGACCCUACAGACACCAUAGCUUAAUUAAGAUUACAUUUUUAUGGUCCCCGGACGGUUCCUUUUAAAAUAUUUAGCAAUCCUAGCUGGAAAUGUUUAAUUUAUCAUUUACCGCACUGCUCAUUCUGCACUCUGGUCCUUCAAGAUCUAAUAUGGAUAGUACCCUGGAAGAAGUCGGAUCUCAGUACAGCUCCACUAGUAACAGGUGUGCAAAAUCUGGUAAAAUAAAUUAAUCAAAGACUCCAAACAGUAGUAUUCUGUAUCUGUUCACAAACACUAUGGCUUUCCUUUAAAUCACUAAGGAGAAAAAGAACAAUUGUCACAUAAGUGAUUUUCCAAACUUGUCUAUUUUGGCUUACAGCUUAAUUUGCUUACAGAUUACCAUUAAUCACUUGUUAGUUAGUGAACCCUUACAUGUUUUAGAUAAACUACUAUAACUGAUAAAGUCAAUAAAAAUGGUUCAUAUUGGAAAUUUGUUGUUGGAAGAUAAGCUAGAAGCUAUCCAUGUAUAAUCAUAGUUAUUCUGUAUAUAAUCACAGUAUUACCUCAUAGGUAGUAACCAGUGGUAAAUUAAACCGGGCAUUAUUUAAUGUAAUCCAGCAAAAAUAUGUUUAAAACAUCAGAAAAGUGAUUUUAGAUUUUUUAUUUAACCCCUUAAGGACUGAGCCAAAUGUACACGUUGUGAACGAAACAAAAUGUAAACAAAACCUGGCAUUUGCGCUACACAUCUGUCCAACUGUAAUUCACCUCUUUCAUAUUAAAUGCACCCACCCUUAUUAUAUAUCAUUUUAUUCAGGGGAAACAGGUCUUUCAUUUAAUAUCAAAUAUUUAGUUAUGAAACAUAAUUUAAUAUGAAAAAAAUGGGAGAAAAUAAGAUUUUUUUAGUUUUGUUUUGUUUUUUAGUUUUACAUGACAUUUUAACUGUCAAUGUCAUAAUAGUGUUUGCUUUUACUGCAAUAAAAUACACAUAUUUGUAUUCAGCAAAGUCUCACGUGUAAAACAGUACCCCCUAUGUACAGGUUUUAUGGCGUUUUGGGAAGUUACAGGGUCAAAUAUAGCACGUUACAUUUGAAAUUGAAAUUCGCCAGAUUGGUUACGUUGCCUUUGGGACUUUAUAGUAGCCCAGGAAUGAAAUUUACACCCAUAAUGGCAUACCAUUUGCAAUAGUAGACAACCCAAGGUAUUGCAAAUGGGGUAUGUCCAGUCUUUUUUUAGUAGCCAUUUGGUCACAAACACUGGCCAAAGUUAGCGUUAGUAUUUGUUUGAUAUAUAUAUUUCGUUCUACGUGUAUUUUGAUAUAAAUAUAGAUAUUGAUAUCACAAUACAGUUAGAACGAAAUAAAACACAUCUUUAUAUUUUUUAAUAAUUUUUUAAAAUUAUUUUGAAAAUUUUAUUUAACGUAUUUACAUAUUUCAUUUCUUUUAUUAUAUAUAAAUAUAUAUAUAUAACAAUUAUAUAUUUAAUCAAUAUCAGUCUACGUGUAAUUUGAUAUUAAUAUAUAAAUAUAUAUAUUAAUAGUAAAUACACCUAGACAGUGUAUUUGUGUGUGUGUGUAUAUAUAUGUAUGUGUGUGUGUAUAUAAUGUGUAUAUAUAUAUGUGUGUGUGUAUAUAUAUAUAUAUAUAUAUAUAUAUAUGAUGUAAGUAUAGAUUUUUUUUUUGAUUUUUUUUUUUUUACUUUUUACACUUUUUAACUUUAAUUUUAUUUUAUUUCCAGCCAGCAGGGGGACUACCUGUCAUUACAGGCAGCCCCCCUGCUGACAAUGCAGCAGCCAGCUAUCCCGGCCAUGUGAUUGUGAGGUCCUCACAAAGGACUUCACUCUCACAUGGCCUGGGGGGCUGCCAGAAGGAAGAUCUGCUGCGAGGGGGCUCCCUGGGAGUCCCCCCAACCGUGAUCGCCGGUGUGUGAUCGCCGGCGACCGGGUAAGUAAUGAAAGACCGGAGGGCGUACUAUUAUGCCCGGUGGCGUUUAGAGACGCCUAAAAUAGGGCUUAAUAGUACGCCCUCUGGUCUGAAGGGGUUAAAGGGACUCUAUAGUCACCAGAAGAACUACAGCUUAUUGAAUUUGUUCUGGUGAGUGGAAUCAUUACCUUCAGGCUUUUUGAUGUGAACACUGUCUUUUCAGAGAAAAUCCAGUGUUUACAUUGCAGCCUAGUGAUAACUUCACUGGCCGCUCCUCAGAUGGCUGUUAGAGAUCCUUCCUGGGUCGUGGCUGCAUAAAAUGCAUCCAAACAUUCAGUGUCUCCUCCCUCUGCAUGCAGACACUGAACUUUUCUCAUAGAGAUUCACUGAUUCAAUUAAUCUCUAUGAUGAGAUUCUGAUUGGCCAGGGCUGUGUUUGAAUUGUGCUGGCUCUGCCUCUGAUCUGCCUCCUUGUCAGUCUCAGCCAAUCCUAUGGAGAAGCAUUGUGAUUUGCUCAACCACCACUUCUGAUGAUGUCAGAGGAAGUUCACAGGCAGAGGCUGCAGCUUCAGACUUGAAUACAAUUAAAAUUUUACUAUCCAAGGGGGCUAGAUAGUAGUUUUAACACUAUAGGGUCAGGGAUACAUGUUUGUGUUCCUGACCCUAUAGUGCUCCUUUAAAGAAUGUGUUUGUGGAUUCCAUUGCACUUUUGUACACCUCCCACCACCAAUUGCUGUAAUACUCCUUUAUAAAGAAUGUGUAUUUAAUCUUGCCAUGAAAGAAACACCAUUACCUCUCUGAAACUCAUUGUAGUGGUUAUAGUACUAUGAUUCAUUGAGGCACUGUUCUCAGGGGCGUUUUAGCCGCGAGGCAAGGCAUUUGCCUUGGGCAUUUUUCAGGGGGCGGCAAAAAACGCCGCCCCCCCCCCCAGGGCAGAUGCUUUGUUAGCCUCGGCGGCUAACUGACUGCUGGCUCCCUGGGCUGGCGGGCGGCGCUGGGCUCAAGUAAUGAAGACCGCAGGGCGACUAUUAUCCGGUGCGUUUAGAGCGCCGCAAAAUGAGGCUUAAUCUACGCCCUCGGUCUGAAGGGGUUAAAGGGCUCUCCCUCACUUGAAGCCUACAGCUUAUUGAAUUUGCCUGGUGAGUGGAACAUUACCUUCAGGCUUUUUGAACCCUGACUGUCUUUUCAACUCCCAGCAGUGUUUACAUUGCAGGUAGUGAAUAACUUACUGGCCGCUCCUAAGAUGGUGUUAGAGAAGGGUGUGGUGUGUAAAAUGCUGUCAAACAUCUGUGUUCCUGUGUGUGUGAGUGUGUGAAUGUGUGUGUCUGACUGUCAGUGAGUGUGUGUUUGCCUGUGAGUGUGUGUGUGUGUGUGUCAGUGAGUGUCUGUUAAUGUGUGUGUCUGCUAGUGAGUGUCAGUGAGUGUGUGUGUGUCUGCAAGUGAGUGUGUGUGUCAGUUAAUGUGUGUUUGUUAGUGUGUGUGAGUUUGUGUGUGUGUCUGCUAGUGAGUGUGUGUCUGUUAGUGAGUGUGUGUCUGUUAGUGAGUGUGUGUCUGUUAGUGUGUGUGUCUGACUGUCUGUUAGUGUGUAUGUGUGUGUCUGACUGUGUGUCAGUGAGUGUGUCUGACUGUGUGUGUGUGUGUCUUUUAGUGUGAGUUUGUGUGUCAGUGAGUGUGUGUCUGUGUGUGUGUGUGUUUCUGUUAGCGAGUGUAUGCGGAUCUGUCGGUGAAUGUGUGUGUGUGUAUUUAGAAGGCGGGGCGGGGCGGGGGGAAGGGUUGGGGGGACUGGGGGGGGGGGCGCCUGAGUUUUGUCCUGCCUAGGGCAGCACAAAACCAGGAUACACCACUGACUGUUCUACUAACCUAUCUUGGAGUGAUUUGGCAUAAACCAGGGUUCUCCCUUGCUUGUUAUCCCAAUCCCAACACUCUUAGCCUGUCUUUGCUGUCUAAUGUGGACAGAUUUACAUUUGUUAAAGAGUGAAGUGUAAUCUGUACAUUAUCAGUAUGGAUGUGGAGAGAGGAACUGGCAGUUGGUGCUGGGGAGAACCACCAUAUGUAUUAAAUCUCUCAGAUGGUUUGACAAAACAGAGGGGCAGUGCACUGAAGCUUAUGGUGAUUUGAGUGUUCCUUAAUUAGAAUUAUUUUUUUUAAAUAAUAUAUAUCAAACAUUUCAACAAGGGCACUCCAGCACCAUAACUCCCUAUUAUGAGGGUUACAGUGCAAUAAAUCUUUGAGUGCUGUUCUUUCACACUCACUCUUCUACUGCAAUCCAAUUUGUUUGGUGGAGUAUAGUCUCACUUCCGCAUUAUCAUUUCAAAACCAAAGUCUCUCUCCUUACAUAACCAUACCAAGAAGCUGUAGUUGUGGGGCUAAAGUGUCAUGUUACGCUUGUAAUGACAUUAAAAUAUAUAUAUAUUUUUUUUUUCUCCCCAAUUCUUUUGUAGCAUGCCUCUGAUUUGGUGAAGACCGUAGCUUCCCGCUAUGAUGAGUAUGUUAAUGUAAAAGACUUGGCUGAUAAAGUCAGUCGUGCACUUACAGCUGCCAAGAAGGACAAUGAUUUCAUUUAUCAUGAUAAAGUUCCAGAUUUGAAAGAACUUGAAGCAAUUGGAAAAGCUUCUAUUGUGAAACCAUCACCUGUUGUGAUUCCUCUCAGCCAGAAAUACAGUGGUGGGCCUUUUGUGAUUUACUUGUAUGCUCUAUAUAUUGUUGUUGUAAUACUUAAUAUGGAGUUUGUAAUAAUGGUAAUGGUAAUAUGUGCACAAUGCAGUUUUUCUUUCCCUCUCCUCUUCUUCCUUUCACUGCUUUUCUCUUUAAAGGGAGGGGGGAAAUUUAAGUUUUUUUUUUGCAAUUCUUUUACCUCUGAUGGUCCAUAGGGAAGGACACUUGCAUUUGUCAAUAGCUGAUUAUCACUCAAAGUGCCUAAGGACUAAAAAGAAAUAAAUACUUACCUCUGUAUCUCAGGCAAUCCAAUGUUUUCCUAUAGGAAAGCAUUGGGAGAUUAGUGUGCAUGUGCGUAAGUUCAUCGAGCAGCACCAAUUAUAUGGUCUCUAUUAAACCAUCUGUUUGAAAUGGUGUUUUACACUGCUUUUUUGUCGGAAGGACCUCUAGUGGCUGUCAUUGUGACAGCUGCUAGCCACAUGUUAACCAUGGAAUGUAAACAUUGCCGUUCCUACGGAAAACAUGCUUGAUAUGUUUGAUUCUUGAUUGUACUUGGAGUUGGAAUCCCUGUGAAUACAAAUUAUAGAAGUACAUACUUAAAACUUGCUUGAAAUCUGAAUGGAGACCUACAGAAAGUCAAGAAAUUUGAAUUGUCUGCCGUGUUAUCUUCAAAUCUGUUUGUUUAGGGUUGUGAAACUAUGCUUGAAAUCUCUUGUGUUCAAGUGCCACCCUGGCAGGAUCAGCUCAGUUGCUCCAUUGUGUUCUGUGCAGUGGAGUACAUUCUGGGGUCGCAGGGGUCACGGCUGCGACCGGGCCCGGCCCACCAGGGUGCCCGGCCGCCCUGCGACCCGGUAUUCACGCCAGUGGCAGUGUGGCCACAUUUUGCCAGCCUCUUCUCCUGGGGGGCCCAGGAGCUGACCACCUCAGGGCCCGCUGAGGCUGGCAGUGGCUUCAGUUUGCCGGCGGGCUGCUGGGCACGGGCACGCGAGGAAGGGAGCACUCCAUAAUAGCACAAGAGAGAUUAAAAUCUCCCAAAUGCCCCUACUCACUAUACCGCGAGUAGAGGCAUGUCUACUAAACAGUGAGCAGCCUGUGGCUGCUCCCUGUUGAAAAAAAAAAGACAUGCGGCGGGUGGGGGCCAUGAAGAUAAUGAGGGGGGGGGACCUACUGUCCUCCCCCCCCCGGCCCCCACCCCUGAGCGGUGGGUGGGGGCCCUAAUAAAACUAUAAGGGGGGGGAACCUACUGUCCUCCCCCCCUGGCCCCCACCCCUGAGCGGUGGGUGGGGGCCCUAAUAAAACCAUAAGGGGGGGGACCUACCUCCCCCCUCCCCCACCCCUGAGCGGUGGGUGGGGGCCCUAAAUAAAAAUGGGGGGGGACCUGUCCCCCCCCCCUGGCCCCCACCCCUGCGCGGUGGGUGGGGGCCCUAAUAAAACCAUAAGGGGGGGGACCUACUGUCCUCCCCCCGGCCCCCACCCCUGAGCGGUGGGUGGGGGCCCUAAAUAAAGAUAUGGGGGGAACUUCUGUCCCCCCCGGCCCCCACCCCUGCGCGGUGGGUGGGGGCCCUAAUAAAACAAUAAGGGGGGGGGGACCCUACUGUCCUCCCCCCCUGGCCCCCACCCCUGCGCGGUGGGUGGGGGCCCCAAUAAAACAAUAAGGGGGGGGGCCUACUGUCCUCCCCCCCCCGGCCCCCACCCCUGAGCGGUGGGUCGGGGCCCUAAAUAAAGAUAUGGGGGGAACUUCUGUUCCCGCCCCCACCCCUGCGCGGUGGGUGGGGGCCCUUAUAAAACAGUAAGGGGGGGGGACCUACUUCCUCCCCCCCUAGCCCCCACCCGUGCGCGGUGGGUGGGGGCCCUAAUAAAACCAUAAAGGGGGGGACCUACUGUCCUCCCCCCCUGGCCCCCACCCCUGAGCGGUGUGUGGGGGCCCUAAUAAAACCAUAAGGGGGGGGGACCUACUGUCCUCCCCCCCGGCCCCCACCCCUGAGCCAGCAGCACAGCGCGCUCCGCGGUACAGGAACUUCAAUUUCAGGUUCCGGUUUCUGGCGGGACUGAAAGGAAGUGCACACUUCCUUUCAGUCCCGCCGGAAACCGGAACCUGAAAUUGAAGUUCCUGUACCGCGGAGCGCGCUGUGAAGCCGGCCCACGCUACAAGACAGGUAAGUAAUUAUGUGACAAUGGGAGGGGGGGGGACACUAUGGGAUGAGAACACCAUUGGACAAGGGGAGGAGGUGUUAACAAUCACUAUGGGACAGAGGAAAGGGGGGGUUUAAAGAUAACUAUGGGACAAGGGAGGGGGGUUAAAGAUCAUUAUGGGACAGGAGAGGGGAGUGGGUGGUAAGGAACAAAAAAUUGCUUAAAAAAAAAUAUUCUGAACAAACUGUCCCAUAGUAAGAAACACCAUGGAACAGUUCAGAAUAUUUUUUUUUUUUUCUGGGUUUCCUCCUCUAAAAACUAGGUGCGUCUUAUGGAACGAAAAAUACAGUACUUUUGAAUAGGUUGGCAUGUCAUACAGAUUCAGCAAGACAUGUUUAAACUUACAGGAAUGGGAUGAUGACUUUGCUCAAAUAAGCUGAACAGAGGCAAAAAUACAUGAAAAAUAAUGGUAAAAUACAUUCUUUUCAUAGUUAAAAUGAAUUGUUUGGUUUUACACCUAUGCACUUCUAUAAACAUUAUGUACAUUGAAUAGUGGUGUAGAAGAAGUUGAUAACUGUGACAACAAAGGAAACCUACAAUUGGUUUGUUCUAUGCCUUCUGAAGAAGUGGGUUUAACUUUGUAGUAGAUUUCUUGAAGGUGUGCAGAGUGGUAGUUAAAUGGUACAAAUUAAGUUCAUAAGAAUGUUAUGAUCUAAGAGGUGACAAGUGGGAGUGUGCAUAGAGAACAGGUGUAAAUCUUCAAAAGAGCGGAGGUGUUAGGAAGGGGACGUAAUUAUUUACUUUUUCUUCCCUGAUAUUUCAGUUUUCUUUGUCCCCCUUAAAUAUAUUUUUAAAUCCAUUUUGCCCUUCUUGUUUUGUGUUACAGAUCUGUUUGAGAAAAUGGUGCCUUUAGCAGUGCAGCAGUCUUUGAGUGCCUACAAUCAGCGAAAAGCUGAGCUUAUUAAUGCAACAAUUGUUCAAAUGAGAGAUGCCACAACCUUAUCUAAUGGGUGAGUACUGAAAUAAUUACAAAACCUACUUUACUACCAAUUUUAAAGUGUUACAUAAUAAAAACAAACUUUACUACCAUAUUUUUUUGUAACAUUUAGCCACACAAGAGAAUAUUCCUGUAGACACUUUCCUCUUUUUUUCUUUUUUUUUUUUUUUUAAUAUAGGGUACUUGCUUCUUUAAAUCUUCCUGCUGCAAUUGAGGAUGUGUCUGGUGACAGCAUACCACAAUCAAUUCUACAGAAGUCAAAGGCAGUUAUUGAACAGGGUGGUAUUCAGACAAUUGACCAGCUAAUAAAAGACCUUCCUGAAUUGCUUCAAAGAAACAAGGAAAUUCUUGAGGAGGUAAGCUAAAAAAAAUCCUAAAGCUGCUCUUCAUUUUUGUGAAAAACAAACAAAAGCCAAUUUCACUCCUCUGCAAAGCGAAGUGAAAACUUUUUGCUCUCUAAGCCUAAAAUGAGUUGCCCUCUAGUGCUUGGCUCUUUUUAUACAGAGUACUCACAGGAAGGUCUUGUUUUUCCCCUCUUUCUGCAUAUUGUGUAAAAAUACAGAACAAAAGAGGCAAAUACUGACCUGAACCAAGAUGUUGCAUAUUAUUUGACUCUGAUACCAAAUAUGCAGCAUGUAUCAUUAUAGCCACAUACAUAUCUAUUCUGAUCGAACAUUUAGUCUGUUUUGGAAUCUGCCUACCUACCAUAUACUGCAGGUUGCUUUCAAAUUUAUAUACGAAAAGUACUGAAGCCUUUUUAUUUUCUAAACCUGGCUUAUGUUCCAAAAUAGAGAUUAUUUUGGGUACUUUGAAUGACCAAUGCUUUAUUGAACCAAAAUGAACAUAUCUUCGUUGCACAUAAUUGUGUAUUUUCUUUUUUUGUCUGGAAACGCAAAGAAAAUGCACACAUUGCCAUUCAAUUGUACAUACAUAGUUUUGAUAAAUGACAGCAAAGAUUUUGCAUUUCAUUUUAUGACUCUGUAAUAAAAAAUGCAUAAUAAAACUUUGUAGAUCUGUAUAAAUCUCUAAUUCGUUUUAUGUGUCUUUAUUUGUGUCCUCAAGUCCCUAAAGUUUUUGGAUGAAGAGGAAACUACUGACAAUGAAUUAAAGUCAAAGUUUAAAGAACGUUGGCAGAGAACUCCAUCCACUGAACUUUAUAAACCUUUGAGAACUGGUAAGAAAAUUGUAAUGAUGGCAAUGAUAAAAAUCCUCAUCUCUUAUUUCGUGGAUGUAACAAUACCCUAUACAUGUGCGUUUUUACUUUGUAAGGCUAAACUUAGGUCAUACACUUCAGAGUAUCAAAUUACAUAUAUCAAUAUUGCUCAAGUGUAGAAAUAUCAGCAUAAACAGUACAACAAUGUACACCUCGUACCUCUAAAUUAUAUGUGUGGUUCACUGUGUAUUUGUGUACGUGCGUGUAUGUACACUGAACAAAAUUGUAAAUGCAACAUUUUUGUUUUUGCACCCAUUUUUCAUGAGCUAAACUCAAAGAUCUAAAACUUUUUCUAAGUAUAUAAAAAGCCUGUGUCUCUCAAAUAUUGUUCACUAAUCUGUCUAAAUCUGUGUUAGUGAGCACUUCUCCUUUGCCGAGAUAAUUUUAGAGUGCCCUUUUAUUGUGGCCAGCCUAAGGCACACCUUUGCAAUAAUCAUGCUGUCUAAUCAGCAUCUUGAUAUGCCACACCUGUGAGGUGGAUGGAUUAUCUCGGCAAAGAAUUUAGACAGAUUUGUGAACAAUAUUUUGAGAUAAAUAAGCCUUGGAUCUUUGAGUUCAGCUUGUGAAAAAUGGGGGCAAAAACAAGUGUUGUGUUUAUAAUUUUGUUCAGUGUAUGUAUGUAUAGAUCUAUGCAUAUGGGGAAACAGGGGAAAAAAAGGAGCAUGUAAAUGGUUGUGCAACGUCACUUUGAAGAGUUGUGACUGCCCUUGUCUCUCCCUCUCAAUGCCCUGGUGACCCUCUGUUGUAAGGAGGUUUUGAAUUUUUUUUACCUGAGGUCCACUGGGCACUGCUUCACUUGUAUUACUGGCCUUAGUUCAGAUGAGCUAACACUGCUUAGGAACUUCUUGCUCUCCAGCAGUGCUAGUGGAGUUUGAGUGUAGUGAUAGGUGGACCCCAGGUAAGUAGUCAAUCUGUUCAAAAAUGGUGUUGCUUUUUACAGUCGGCAGCGCUAGCGCCUCUGUAUUGUUUGUUUAUUUUUUUAUUUUCUCUUUGCAGUGGAAUUCUGGGUAUGAACUAUGGAACUUCCGGUUCUGAUUUGUUGCUGGUAUCAGUUAUGGCCAACUCCACUAGCGGGGAAAAAAAAACAGUCUGGAAAAUAAUAUAUAUUAACUCCUUAAAGGACCACUAUAGUGCCAGGAAAACUAUAGUGCCCUGAGGGUAUUCAGCGCGCGCAUUCAGUCAGUCCAUAGGGAAGCCUUCUUAAUGCUUUCCUAUGGACGCUGGCGUCUUCUCACUGUGAAAAUCAGUGAGAAGCGCGGAAGCACCUCUAGCGGCUGUCAAUGAGACAGCCACUAGAGGCUGGAUUAACCCAUAGGUAAACCGAUCACGAUUGGGGGACUUGCCUGGCAUCCCAGGGAGUGCCCCUGCUGCUGAUUCGGCCCUCCUUGUGAGGACCUCACGAUCACAUGGACAGAAUAGCCAUUCAUAGCUGUGCCAGCAUGGGGAGUGCCUGGAAUGACAGGUAGUUCCCCCCUGCUGCCUGAAAUAAAUUAAAAUAAAGUUAAAACACAGUGUAAACAAAAAAACUAUAUAUACUUAGAUCUCAUAUUAUUUAUUUACACACACACACUUACACAUACACGAAGUGUCUUUUAAUAUAUAUAUAUAUUAAUUUCAAAAUACACAUAGAAUGAUCUUAAAUAUAUAUUAUAUAUAAAUACUUUAAAAAUGAAAAAGAAAGAAUUAAAAAAAUAUAUAUGUAAUUUCAUUCUAACUGUAUUUUGAUAUUAAUAUAUAUUAUCAAAAUACACUUGGAAUGAAAUGAUAUAUCUAUAUACAUAAAUAUAUGUAUAUAUCACUAUAUAGAUAUACACCUAUAUAAAAUAAUUUCAAAAAAUUAUAUAUAUUUUAAUUCUACGUAUAUAUAUUUAUGUAAUAUUUUUACAUAAUUAAGUCAUUUUAUUAAUUACAAUUUGCGGGACCUGCCUGAUAACCCAGGCAAAAAGUCCAGAGAAUUUAAUUUGCUAGCACUAUAAUUAACCCUGUAACUUUCCAAGAUACCAUAAAACCUGUACAUGGGGGGGUACUGUUUUACUCGGGAGACUUCACUGAACACAAAUAUUACUGUUUCAAAAAAGUAAAAAGUAUUACAACAAUGAAAUCAGUGAAAGUGACGUUUUUGUAUUUUUCACACACAAGCAGCACUUACACUGACGAUAUAAUAGUUUUGAUACGUUUUACGGUUUUGAAACACUAAUAUUUGUGUUAUAACCGUACCCCUCAUGUACAGGAUUUAUGAUGUUUUCAAAAGUUAGAGUCCAAUAUAAGGCUUGUGUUUCAGUUUUUUCACAUUGAAAUUCGCCAGAAUGGUUACGUUGCCUUUGAAACUGUAUGGUAGCCCAGGAAUGAGAAUUGCCCCCAUGGUGGCAUACCAUUUGCAAUAGUAGACAACCCAAGGUAUUGCAAAUGGGAUAUGUCCAGUUUUUUUUAGUAGCCACUUAGUCACAAACACUGGCCAAAGUUUGGCCAAUUUUGGCCAGUGUUUGUGACCAAGUGGCUACUAAAAAAGACUGGACGUACCCCAUUUGCAAUACCUUGGGUUGUCUACUAUUGCAAAUGGUAUGCCAUCAUGGGGGUAAUUCUCAUUCCUGGUCUACCAUACGCUCUCAAAUGCAACUUAACCAAUCUGCCAAAUUUCAGUUUGAAAAAAACUGAAAAAUGUAACAUGCUAUAUUUGACCCUGUAACUUCCCAAAACAUCAUAAAACCUGUACAUAGGGGGUACUUUUUUACAUGUGAGACAUCGCUGAAUACAUAUGUGUAUUUUAUUGCAAUAAAAGCAAACAGUAUUAUGACAUUCACAGGUAAAAUGCCAUGCAGAACUAAAAAAAUAACAUUUCUUAAUAUCUCACAUUUUUAAAAUAUUUUAUUCAUAUUAAGUUAUGUUUCAUAGCUAAAUAUUUGAUGUUAAAUAAAAGCUUAAUUUCUCCUGAAUAAAAUGAUAUAUAAGAAGUGUGGCUGCACUUAAUAUGAAAGGUGAAUUAUGGUUGAGCAGACAUAUAGUCAAAUUCCAAGUUUUAUUUACAUUUUAUUUUGAUGAAAACGUGUACUUUUGGCUCAGUCCUUAAGGGGUUAAUACUAUAUAGAUGUUCUCAAUUAUUUAGAUUCAGACCAUAUAUUUAAUUUCACAUCGUUUUAAAUUUAUUUAUUUAUUAAAGAGGGUUCCAACUUUCGUAAUGUCCUGGAUAAAGCAGUUGGAGCAGAUGCUGUUGUAAAAGAGCGCUAUUUGUCUCAUCGUGAAGCAAUAUCCAUUUUGUGUAAGCCAGAAGCACAACUCAAUGCAUCAAUUCCUUCUGCAAACCCAGCAAAAACCAUGCAGGGUAGUGAGGUAAGUCCCCUAAAAUAUUAAAAAUUAAAAUACAGCUUGAAAGAAAAGUUGAAUAUGGUUUGUAAGGCAAAUGAAAAAUGUUUUCUUUUUGUAUAGCAGCAGUAUGCAAAUUCAUUUUCACUUUACUGACAGGUAACCUAAAGUGAUGAUGAUAAUUAUUAGGUCUAUUUUUGAAAAAGGUAAAAAGAAAAAGCAUAUGCUACUCUCUGGGCCCCUGAAAUACAUAAGGGUGGUUCUAGCCUUGCAAGUAGCUCAAGGAAUGCAUGCACAGGAUGUGUGUGCGUUUGUCUGUUUUUCAGCAGCUCUACACUUGUGCAAAUGGGAAUAGUUUGGGGCCAAACAAAAAAAAUUAACGUAGUACUCUAACCCCCCAAAAAAAGUGUAUUACAGUAAUCUUUGCGGGCAUUGUCUCCUUGUCCCACCCAAGUACUUGCAAAGAAAAUAACCAUUGAACUAAAUGUCUUAUUGUGCCCAUGAGAAGUUAAUGCUAUGUUUGAUCUACUGUCAAUGUUAAGCAAAUUUGCUAAUGAACAAGCGCUAUGUUUCAUUUAUACUCGCUCCUGCUAAUAGUAGUUUAGCUCAGUUAAGCAACCAUCACCUUUUCUUUCUAUAUUUUAUAAAAAUAGUGCAGUUUAUCAGUCAUAAAAUUAAUCCGAUGUAUAUUUCCUAUUGAUGCCUUGACAUUUUAACUUAUAUGUCCUUGUGUGUUUUUUUUUUUUUUCUGCACUGCAAAAAUAUAAAGUUGACCAAAAAAAUGGAUAUAAAGCAAAAACUCACCUACAGUCCCACACCAAAAUUCUCUCUGGAGUCUGACCAUCCCCCAAAUAGAAGUGUGUUUUGGGAGAACGCUUAUAUAUUUCUAUUUUAGUUUUGAUUGGUAUUUUAACUAAGUUUUCAGUGAUAGUAUUGGUGCUGUGUCUCUGUAUACAUGUGUUAUCUAUUACCUACCUGUAUUUUUGUAUACCCACAAUUUUUUUUAUUUUUUUUUUACCAACAAGCCAGGGUAUUUGUUUUUCAGGAACCCACAUACUACGCUAAUCACAAGGGAUCUUUGAUUCAGGUAGGCACUAGCGUUUUGCGGUGCCUAGGUAACUAGGGACAGUAUUGGGGCUUCCCACGUCACUAAUCCCAUAUACACCUGUACAUCUUGGUCUCCUUGAUAAGUUACUUAUUGUACCAGGAUAUUUAUAGAGGAGUGGAUUGUCCUUACCUUUCUCUAAUAAGGGCACUGUUUGUGACGAAAGCCACUUCGCCACUGGGCAUUGGAGAAGACUACUUGCCAGCCUUUUACCCUGUGACUAUGGCACCUUUAAUUUAUUUUGGCUGAGAGACUCUAAUUGUGCCCAUUGGGACUUUAAACAUUUGUUCUUCGAACUCCUGAACAGUCGAAGUGGCCGUCUUGUUCGCAUGGGCUAAAACCGCGAAUAGACUUCAGGGGGACUUAGCCAUGAAUGCCCUGAAACUAUUUUCGGCAUGAAAAUCUUACGGUUCCCGGUCGGUCCUCCAGCUGCACUUAGCCGCGAUUCUAUGGAACUGUUUUGGGCAUGAAAUACUGUGUUCGCCUGGGCAAAACUAUGAAUUUCUGAACCCCUGAUCUGAUCUGGGUGAUUUUUUUUGAUAUGUUGUUCACCCAGAUCAGGGGAUAUGUUAUGUUUUGGAGUACUUAUGGGCCUUUAUAAAAAUGUGUGGUUUUUCUGCCUGUGGAUAAUUAAAGGACCAGUAUAAUGCCAGGAAAACACUUGUUUUCCUGGCACUAUAGUGUUAAUAGGUCCCAGGCUGAAGGGGGAAAAUCUCACCUUUCUCCAGCGCCGGGUUCCCUCCGACGUCAUCGACUGUGCAUGCGCGGCAACAGCUGCGCACGCAUUCAGUCAGUCCAUAGGAAAGCAUUUCUUAAUGCUUUCCUAUGGACGGCAGCGUUUUCUCACUGUGAAAAUCACAGUGAGAUGCGCCUCUAGCGGUUGUCAAUGAGACAGUCACUAGAGACUGGAUUAACCCAUAUGUAAACAUAGCAGGGUUAACCCUAGAUGGACCUGGGACCCAGACCAUUUCAUUAAGCUGAAGUGGUCUGGGUGCCUAUAGUGGUCCUUUUAAGUUAAUGCAUUAUGUCCCUUAAUGUCCCUUAAUUAUAUCACAGGCAGAGGGAUUGUUUACUGUAUGUGAGAGUGUCGUACUGUUAAUUACGGUUUUCAUUGGUUUACAUCCCUUGUGUCCCUGUCCUCCAUCAGGUCCAGUGUGUGUUUGCCCCUGGCCUGUAAAACUGUAUAAAAAUCCAACCUGUGCUAUUAAACUCUUCUUACCCUCAACUCGCAGCCUCGUCUCGUUUUGUAGGAAACUGCUAUAUCACUACAAGGGAUUGCUCUGAUCCUCAUACUCCCUUGGAUAAUCAUUAGCUCUUGUAUCAUUAGCUCUUCCUGCUAUGCUCUCUGAAGGAAGAGAGGUUCACCCACUGGAGCCUUGUCGUUGGUCCAGGGUGGGUUGGAGAUGGCGAGACCCCAACCAAGCUGCGGCGGUUCGUGGAGUCUGCAGUGCUUAUGGUGUCUAGUGAGGUGCUGAUGGUCCUUGGUGAGCACUAGGAGCAUCCGUCGGCGGAGGGUCCGUCACACUGUUAUUUUCUCGAUUGAGGCAGGUAGAUUGGGUGGAGAUUAUUCGUUAUUUCACUCCUCAACUCUGCCCUCCCUCAGAUGAACUUUUUAAGCACAGUCUACGUUUUUCUGAUUAUGUAAUGUUAUCUAAGCUUCUAAUAAAGUUAAUUUUUUUUAAAUUUUAUUUACUGUAUUUAUAAUUUCACUGUGCUUUUGCUCACUGUUCCUCCUAUUUUUUAUCGGUGACCAUUGGGCUAAUUUUUGUUCAUGAGUAACUACAGCAUCUAAAGGUGGGUUUGUGUUUGUACUUAAUUUAGCAUUUAUAGUUUUCUGUAAAACUGUCAUUCUUCCAGGCAAGUACACCUUCCUUAUUUUAAUUUUUUAUUAUAUAAAUAACUCUUGCUGUUGCCUGUUGCUCCAAGCUUAGCGUGGUUAUUUUCAAGACCCUGGGGCUAACCUGCUCUGUUAUACAUAGGUCAACUGUGUCUUGAUAACGUUAUCAGUUUACAAACGUCCACAAAGACACUACUUAUAUAAUUGAAUAUUAGAUAUGCUUUACAUAAUACUGCUUUAAACUAUUUGAUGUCACCGUUCUUCCCACUAGAAUGCUAUCUUUAUUCUUUGUGUUGUCUAAACUGCUUAAUAAAAUCUAUUGAGCGUAAAAAAAAAAUUUCAUUUUACUCAUUCACAUAUCUGUAAAUCCAGAAAACUGAUAAUUUUGCAGUGGUUUUACCUAUAUAGAUAGGGAGAGAGAUAAUGUUGUUUGGAUGAAUUUCCUUUUGGAGAGGUGAAUGUCCCCUUCCUUUUGUUUGCUAUUCUAUUAUUCACUGGGUGUGGCACUUUAGCUUUAAGAAAAAAAAAAUCUGUUGAAACAUUAGCCUGCUCAUGUUGUGCAUUUUAGCAGAGUUUUUUUUGUCACUUGUUCCGGGUUGGUUAAUGACACUGCCAGAUCUGGAAUUACAUCUGUGGCAGCAACCUGCUAUAACUCUAUGUGCAGUUUUUCAAACUGAAACACUACACAUACAGACUCCAAGCAUCAUAACCACUUCAAAACACUGACAUAAUCAUGGUGCUUGGAGUAACCCUUUAAGGUAGUUAAAUGCUGCCAAGCUGAUCUCAUCACAGGUAUUGUUUAACCUGUCACCAUGUUUACCUGGGCAUUUUUCAGAUCUAUAAGUUUGCAUGGAAAUCCUAUGUUUUUUCAGAUCCUGCAUAUCUCUUUAUCAUUGGAUGAACAAUUGAGACUAAGAUUGAAAUUCUAGCCAUUGUAAUUUAAUUUCUUUUUCCUGAGGGAAUUAUUGUCUCAUGGAAUAAUAUACAAUUUAGUCAUUCUCUUUGACCUUUCAUUAAAUAAAGGAUGCCACAGUAAAAUUAUAUCUGCAAAACAAGUGUAUCUUUAUUUAAACUGCUUGUUUUCAGAUCGUGGUCCACUGCACAAUUUAACAAAGCUGCAAUACAUGUGCCAGGUUAAGAAUCAGGUUAUCCAUAGCUCUAUUGACUGUAAAAUGAAUUGACAAGUCCAGUUAUAAAUUUUUUUCAAUAUACCUAUUACAGAUUGCAACAUACAUUUCUUCUUAAAAAUUCCCGGAUACCGUACAUACUUGUCUAGUAAUCUGGUUGAAAAAAGACUAGAGUUCAACAUUGAAACUAAUUUCUUGUAUUGUUUUGCAAAGAAAGACACACACACCCAACUUCCUGACUUUCAUCCAGAUGUGGUGUUAUUUAUAUCGGCAAGCUGCUAAAAUAAUCAAGAAAUCCAUAAGUAAACUAUCUGGAAAAUGAAUUGGGCAUGUCCCAUGUGUUGGGACAUAAAUUGUCAAAUACAUUCAAAUGGUUUAUUGCCAGAAAUGUAAUGUCUAAGAUUCAGCACACAAUGUGCUUUCUUUUGCCAAUAACUUGCCUCAUUAAAUUUGUGAGCUGUUAAUUUGCUUAAAGGACCACUUGUUUUCCUGGCACUAUAGUGCCCUGAGGGUGCCCCCACCCUCAGGGUCCCCCUCCCGCCCAGCUCUGGAAGGGGAAAAGGGGGAAAAAACUUACCUUUUUCCAGCGCUGGGCGGGGAGCUCUCCUCCUCCGAUCCUCCUCUCCUCCCAUGCGGCUGAAUGCGCACGUGCGGCAAGAGCUGCGCGCGCAUUCAGCCGGUCACAAAGGAAAGCAUUAUCAAUGCUUUCCUAUGGACGCUUGCGUGCUCUCACUGUGAUUUUCACAGUGAGAAGCACGCAAGCGCCUCUAGCGGCUGUCAAUGAGACAGCCACUAGAGGAAUUGGGGGAAGGCUUAACCCAUUCAUAAACAUAGCAGGCCUAGCUGGACCUGGCACCCAGACCACUUCAUUAAGCUGAAGUGGUCUGGGUGCCUAGAGUGGUCCUUUAAAAAUCAGGCACAUUAUUAAAGUCUGAUACAUGUGAAUAGAUAGGUCCUCAAUUUCAGUUUUGUUGCACCGUCCUUUUUACUUGUCACAAGUAUACAUAAAGGGUAAUGCUGGACUUGGGGGAAGUAGCAAAAUUGGGAAGUUCAGAUGCACUAGUGCAUUAUUGUUCUAUAGCAGGGGUCAGCAACUUAUGGCAAGUGUGACAUGCAUGGCAUUCAAGGUGGCCAGAGCCGUGUUUGCAAGUGGUGAGGGACAAUCAUCUCUUAAGGGAUUUCAGCACUUAAAAGGAAGUUAUCUUGAAUCACUUUCUCCCAGUACUUGUAAAUGUUAAUCCACACCCUGACCUGUACCUAGCCAGCCUGGUCCACACUGGAUCCCAGGGAAGUCACCCAAACUGCUUGAUAUACACAGAGCUACAGAAAAAGGCUUGUCUUCAUACAAAUCAUACAAACAGCCCACCCCAAUAAACACACAGUUCCCAUAAACACACCACCACUGACAAUCCACUUAAAUGACCACUGUAGGCACCCAGACCACUUCAGCUUAAUGAAGUGGUCUGGGUGCUAGGUCCAUCUAGGGUUAACCCUGCCUGCUGUAAACAUAGAAGUUUCAGAGAAACUGCUAUGUUUACCUAUGGGUUAAUCCAGCCUCUAGUGGCUGUCUCAUUGACAGCCGCUAGAGGCGCUUCCGCGCUUCUCACUGUGAUUUUCACAGUGAGAAGACGCCAGCACAGUGAGAAUGCUUUCCUAUGGACUGGCUGAAUGCGCGCGCGGCUCUUGCCGCGCAUGCGCAUUCAGCCGAUGACGGCGAAAAGGAGGAGGAGAGUUCCCAGCGCCGAGGGAGCCUGGCAAGGGAAAACAGGUAAGAUUUAACCCCUUCCAACCCCUAGAGCCCGGCGGGAGGGGGGACCUAAAGACCCUAUAGUGCCAGGAAAAUUAGUGUUUUCCUGGCAUUAUAUAGUGGUCCUUCAAACCCAACAAGCAGCCCCACACAUACACAAACUACCAAACACACAAUAUGACAUAUCGACACACAAUUCCACCAGCAGCCACCAUACGCAGCCACCAUACACAGCCCACAUUUAUAGGUAUCCUACACAAUACCACAAACUACUCAUUAACAUAUACAGUACAUCAGCCCAUCUAGGCACAAAUACAAAACAACUGCAGCACCCAUAAAUAACACAAGCACAAUACAGUAACAUGCACAUCUCAAUUUAAAAGUAUAGGACCGGCACUCCAAUAUCUUGUUUUGGCACAGUACUACUAAAAGGUUGCCCAACCGUGUUCUAUAAAAAUUGUAUAAUUAACAAAAUGGCCAUCUAUAUCUGCAUAAACAAUUUUGUUUUAGACACACUGAGGAAGUAGUGUACUACUUCUGUCCAUCUGAUUCUUUGAAGCACAGCUGAUGUAGAAAGAAAUUAAAGAGCAUGGAUGAUUAUGGCACUUACAAUAUCCCUUUAACAUUUUAUUGUAGAGUUUUAGUGCAUCUAAACUUUGUGUGUAUGUAAUAUAUUUGUGUAUAUAAUUUUUUUUUUAAUUGUUUUUAGUAAAAAGGCUUGUUUCAGUAAAAACGCUUUAGUGUCACUGUUCUUAUUUAUACUUUGUACCUCCAUGUGUCUGAUAAAAAUAAUAAAAUAAAAUAAUUUUUACUUCCCUUUUUUCAUAAAUGCUUAUCUCUAUUUCUGCAAUGCCAUGGAGGAGAGCUCAUCUGGCAUUGUCAACUGCAGUGCCCCUCUGGGGAUGUAUUAAGGACCUGAUGCGGAUGCAUGGUGGUACCGCACGUGCCUUCAAGCUUCCGCAUAAGAAAGCAUUGAAUCCAUACAAAACAGCAAUGUUUUACGUUCAAUGUUAAAAGGACAGGAAUGCACCCAGGUUACUUUAAACGAAAGUGACCUGGGUGACUUCAGUGGUCCUUUAAAUGCUAAAUUCAGACGGUCGCAAAAUAAUACAGGUUAAAGUCUUAAGGAGAUGGCAAAUAGUUGUACUGUACACUUUGUCAGUAUUUCAAAGUGAAUUUCGAAUUUUAGGCCAUAAUAGCUACAUUGGAAAAAUGCUCUAAGCAGCUAUGUUUUCGGUUUUGAUAUUUUAGCCUAAAACUUUUGAAAGUCUUUUUAUUCACAUUUCCCAACAAUUUAGUUUUGUGAAUAAUCCUAUCUUACACCAUCUAGACUAUGGAAAUAUUUAUUUUUUUGGGUGUGUGUUAUGUAUAGAAUUUCAAAUACUUCCAGUGCUGAAUUAAAAAAAAAUAUAUAUAUAUAUCUAUAUAUCUUGUUUUUUUAAAAGUGUUUGUGUAUAAUUUGUAGGGCCGUUGUAUUAAUAUGCAUAUUAUGCUUUGGAAAAUUAAAAAGCAAAUAUCUUUGUUUUUUAGGUCGUAAGCACACUAAAAUCAUUGUUAUCAAAGUUGGAUGAAGUAAAGAGAGAGCGAGAACAGCUUGAAAAUGACAUCAAAUCUGUCAAUUUUGAUAUGACAACCAAAUUUCUAACUGCUUUGGCUCAAGAUGGAGCUAUUAAUGAGGAGGCCAUAUCUGUGACUGAACUUGAUCGAAUCUAUGGAAAUUACACUCACAAAAUGCAGGAAAACCUAAAGAAGCAGGAAGAGCUUAUUAAUAAUAUACAGGUAGCAAAUUAUACUUUAUAGUUAAUAUUGAAUUUGGUUUAAAUGGGAAUUAUGAAACAUUGUCCAAUAUAAAUCUAGAAGAAAUGGGCAAUUUAUGUUUGUUAAAAAAUUUGCACACCCAAAGUUGGGAGUGAGUUACAUGUACACCGACCUGACAAGCAACCAUAUUGUCUAAGCUCUCUCUCAGAAGUGACCUUACAAGGUUAAAAGUGACUCUAUAAAUGCUCCCGUUGGCUUGUUGUUGCAUUCAGCUUUUUGCCAUGAGUUCUGCACAGAUAAGCAAGUGGCUCAGCCCAUCAAGAGGCUUUAAUUCUAUUCAAUGAAGCCUGAUGUCCCACAACCUCCUGCACUUUGUACCAAAGCCAGUACAUUAUGAUAUAGUCGUUUUUAUGAUCAAACUCCCUGUAGUCUUAAAAAUGUAAGACGUUAUCACUUAGGAUGCCACUAGAGGCUUGCAGACCGCUAUUAAAGGUAUUACAUCAUUUAGACUUUGUUACUGAAAUUCUUCAUGUUGCGCAUCACUGAAUGCUGUCAGUGCUUUCAAGAGAGAAUCAUUGGAUUCAUUGCUUCUUUCUGUAAAAAAAAAAAAAAAUCAGAAGUACGUCAGGCUAAUCUCAAAGGAGGAGUGGCAGACAUUUCAAGGGUUGGCUAAGAAGUGGGUUUAAUUUUUUAACAAAUCUAUUUUAAAUUCAGAAAAUAGUAGGUAACUCGAGGAGAACUCCUCAAGUUCAGUAUAAAUUGCGCAAACAAAUAUACUCCCAAUGGUGGGAUAUAUUUUAAAAAAUAAGAUGUAGUAAAAAUGUCACUUAAUCCUGGAUAUAACUAUAAAACGUACAUAAGGCUUAUAUUUGAGAUGCAGCUCCUUUAAAUAGAAAGAAUCCCUACACGUUCUGUAUACUGUGUAUUCAAUAGAAGGUUUUUAAAAGAAGCGCAAAGUAUUUUAAAUUCAGUGUGUCCCUUUAAAUACUUGGCUGUAAAGAUGAAUACAAUUAAUAUCUAGACCAGAGUUUCUCAAUUGGUGUUCCACGCCGCGAGAACAAAAUUGGAGUUCCGCUGCGAUUUGCAUGUUGGGUGGCCCAAGCAUUUAGGGUCACCCAAUGUUUAUCACUAAACAGGGGUCCGGUCAGGUGCUGCGGCUGUCUAAGACUGUGACCGGACCACUGUUGUAUGGGAUGCUGGGAGGAAGUGACAGCACUUCCUCCCAGACAGAGUGCGCUGGCUGGAGGGAGAGAGGGAGCAGCAGAGACUGAGCAGCACACCAACCUCAACCAACAGCACUGUAGAUCCUCCUGCAGAAAUAAAUGUAAACGUGUGUGUAUGUGUCUGUGUACCUGUGUCAGUGUGUAUCUGCCAAUGUAUAAGAAUCUGUGUCUGUAUGUAUGUGCUGGUGUGUUUGUGUGUCAGUGUAUGUGCCAAUUUGUGCAUCAUUGUGCCACACACACACACAUACAUACAUACGUAUUCACACCGGCACAUACACAACUUGACACCCAUAUACACACACUGACACAAGGACACACAGAUACAUACACACAUCUUGACACACAGUGUGCGUCUGUGUGUCAGCGUGUAUCUGUGUCAAGUUGUGUAUGUGCCACUUUGUGUAUCUGUGUGUCAAGAUGUGUGUAUACGUGUCAGUGUGUCUGUGUUUGUGUGUAUAUGACUGUGUGUGUCGGCAUGUUUCUGUUUGUUAAAGGGACACUAUAGUCACCUGAACAACUUUAGCUUAAUGAAGCAGUUUUGGUGUAUAGAACAUGCCCCUGCAGCCUCACUGCUCAAUCCUCUGCCAUUUAGGAGUUAAAUCCCUUUGUUUAUGAACUCUAGUCACACAUGUGACUUGCACAGCCUUCCAUAAACACUUCCUGCAAAGAGAGCCCUAUUUAGGCUUUCUUUAUUGCAAGUUCUGUUUAAGAUUUUCUUAGACCCUGCAAGAGCAUCCUGUAUGUGAUUAAAGUUCAAUUUAGAGAUUGAGAUACAAUUAUGUAAGGUAAGUUACAUCUGUUUGAAAGUGAAACCAGUUUUUUUUUUUUCAUGCAGGCUCUGUCAAUCAUAGCCAGGGGAGGUGUGGCUAGGGCUGCAUAAGCAGAAACAAAGUGAUUUAACUCCUAAAUGACAGUGAAUUGAGCAGUGAAAUUGCAGGAGAAUGAUCUAUACACUAAAACUGCUUUAUUUAGCUAAAGUAAUUUAGGUGACUAUAGUGUUCCUUUAAUAUGUAAGUAUGUAUGUGGCAGUACAUGUGUAGACAUCCCAGCAAUCAAACACCAACACAACACAAACUCCUGAAAACACAAACAUGACAUAAAAAGAUACCGCUGAACUCUAACUCCAUAAUUAUAUAGAAACACUAAAACACAAAUACUACACACAAAUGUACAUCUACAUUUAAAAUCCAACGCUACAUCUAAAUACACCUCUACACGCAAAUGCUAACAUUCCAUAAAAAUACAUCCCUGUAUUAAAAUGAUACAAUUACAUACAAACUCCAACUCUACACACAAACACAUAGCUCCUAAGUACUCCAAUCUGUUUACUAUCUGUAGAAAUUAGUGUGUGUAUAUAGUUGAAAUUAUUUUCUUUGCAACAUUUGCGAAUUGAAAGGUUUAUGCAAUGGCGCGUAAUUUUUUUUUUUUAAUGGUAGGGAGGGAGAGUUCCACGAUGUUGAUACUGUCAGUGGGUUUCAAUGGAAAAUUUAAUUGGGAAACUAUGAUCUGAACUAAUGUCAGCUGCAUUGACCUGACUCAGGGUCACUCUCCCUGCCAGGCAAGGGAGGAUUUAUAUUGUUUGCACUGUAUUAAAAUUUGAAGGGCAGAGGAGAAACUGUUGCCUGAAGGGGCAGAUUUAUGGUUACGAUUUUAGACAUCAUGGCAGCUAUGACCGACUUUAAUCCCUUAAGGACGGCGGGCCUACUAUGCCGUCCUUGGGGACCCGGCUCUAAACGAUGGGGAGACGUGCCUGGCAUCCCAGGGAGUACCCCUGCUGCUGAUUCGGCCCUUCCGAGCCAUGUGAUCGCGAGGUCCUUGUGAGGACCUCACGAUCACAUGGACGGAAUACAGUGUUUGUGACUAAGUGGCUACUAAAAAAGACUGGACAUACCCCAUUUGCAAAACCUUGGGUUGUCUACUAUUGCAAAUGGUAUGCCAUCAUGGGGGGAAAUUCUCAUUCCUGGGCUACCAUAGGCUCUCAAACGCAACUUAACCAAUCUGGUGAAUUUCAAUGUGAAAAAAAUGUAACAUGCUAUAUUUGACCCUGUAACUUCCCAAAAUACCAUAAAACCUGUGCAUAGGGGGUACUGUUUGACAUGUGAGACAUCGCUGAAUACAAAUGUGUAUUUUAUUGCAGUAAAAGCAAACCGUAUUGUGACAUUCACAGUUAAAAUGUCAUGCAGAACUUAAAAAAAUAAAAUUUCUUAAUUUCUCUCUCUUUUUUUUUUUUUUAUAUUUUAUUCAUAUUAAAUUGUUUCAUAUCUAAAUAUUUGAUGUUAAAUGAAAGCCCUAUCUCUCCUGUAUAAAAUUACAUAAGUGUGGGUGCACUUAACCCCUUAUGGACGCUGGAUGGAAAUUUUCCAUCAGUGCAGCAUUCCCCUUAAAGGACCACUAUAGUGCCCUGAGGGUGCCCCCACCCUCAGGGACCCCCUCCCGCCCGGCUCUGGAAAGGGGAAAGGGGUUAAAACUUACCUCCUUCUCUCCUCCCCGUCGGCUGAAUGCGCACGCGCGGCAAGAGCUGCGUGCGCAUUCAGCCGGUCACAUAGGAAAGCAUUCAUAAUGCUUUCCUAUGGACGCUGGCGUGCUCUCACUGUGAAAAUCACUGUGAGAAGCACGCAAGCGCCUCUAGUGGCUGUCAAUGAGACAGCCACUAGAGGAAAUAGGGGAAGGCUUAACCCAUUCACAAACAUAGCAGUUUCUCUGAAACUGCUAUGUUUAUGGAAAAAAUGGGUUAACCCUAGAAGGACCUGGCACCCAGACCACUUCAUUAAGCUGAAGUGGUCUGGGUGCCUAGAGUGGUCCGUUAAGGACGCGGAACGGAAAAUCUCCGUCCAAAACUAAAAUUAACCCCAGAUUGCUGCAAUCAUGUUUUUUUUUUUUGGUUUUGGUUUUUUUUAAUCCUCGAGUUAAAUUUAUUUAGUUGGUUACUUAAAUAGUUGUAAAAUGUUUAUUAAGCUAGGGUGGGUAGAAGUUAGUGAUGAAAUUGGGGGAUUUACGGUUAGGCUAGUUAGGGGUUAACAGGAAAAAAAAUCAAAAGUGAAUAAAAACUUUUGAAAAUUUUAAACAAAGUUUUAAAAUAGUAAAAUUGUUAAAAGCUAAAAAAAAAACACUUUUUAAAAGUAAAAAAAAACUAAACUUUUUUAAACUUGGUACAGGCUAUCGAAAAAAUGAUACGACACGAAGGUUUGAAAUAUGCCUUUCGAAACACCCUGGGGUGUCUUCUUUAGGAAAUGGUAUGCCUUUGUGAAGUAACUGGAAAACACAACCUAUUAAAAAAAAAAAAAAAAAAUCCAAAGUCUGGCAUGGACCCAGCGUAAAAAUUCAUAGCACAUAUAAGGUUUGCAAACUAUAAAGUACAAACUCACUAUGUGUGUCAAAAAGGCAGAAAAAAAUGCUUAUUACCACUACACUUGGUACCAGCUAGCGGAAAAAUGAUUUUACACUAAGGUUCAAAAUAUGCCUUUUAAAUUACCAUGGGAUGUCUUCUUUAAGAAAUAGUAUGCCUUUUUGGGGUAGUUGUUAAAAGCAGCCUGCUAACAUAUUUCAAAAUAGAAUACAGACCCAUUAAAAUCCUCCGUGUAAAUUCCCACUUAAAAACCUGAACUUGUCACGUCUCUUUUACAGCACUGUAACUUCACAAAAUAGUGUAUAGGUCAUACAUUGGGCUUAUUGUUUUACUUAGAAGAGGUAACUGAGCAUACUUAGGGGGAAUUUGACAGUGGCACUUAUGUACGAAACACCCAGCGAAAAUGCAACAUAUAUGUAAAAAAUAAAAAAUAAAUUGGUGAAUAAAUAGUGGCAAGUUAAGGUAUAAUAUAUGCCUAAUAAGAUAACCUGGAGUGUCUGCUUUCUCAAAUGGAAGGUCUUUGUGGGGUUAUUUGAACAGUCAAAUGGCUAUAAUGCCACAAAAUCAGACAUACGACCAUGUGUGAAACUUCCAACUAUAGAAACUGAAAUAGCAUGGUCUCCUAUAUGGCAUUGUAGCUUCACAGAAUAGGGGCAAAGGUAUACAAUGGGUUUUUUGUUGUACUCAGCAGAUGUAGCUGAACACAAUGUGAGCUUUACGAAAUACACAUUACAAAAACCUUGUUAAAUGUAUAUAUGCCAAAAUAGAGAGAAAACACAAUUUUACUCCAAUAUUUAGCAGAGAUUGACGGUGAAAUGGCUACGUAAAAAGUGUCUAAAUAGCCUGUGAUGUCUACUUUAUAUAAAUAUAUACUUUUGUGUGGCAAUUGUGUUUGUUUUCCAAGACAAACAUACCAACUUCUAAAAUUUUGACAUUGAAAUUUUAUUUAAGACCUUGUAGUUUGUGACCUGUAACUUGAAAAAUAAACUGAAAUCCUACACACAUUAUGUACUUUGUAAAUCAAGACACGUAAAUGAAUUGAUUUUGAAUUACUUUUCCUAAGCUGGACAUAUUAUGCAUAUAUUAUUGCCAAAACGUGGGAGGAAAGCAUUUUUUUGUUUCCCUCCCCUUCCCCAUUAAUUUGCAUUUUUUUUUUUUAAAUAAAUGAGAAUUUAUAUAUGUAUAUGUCACAUCCAAUUGAAGCCCUUUUUUUUUAGUUGUCUAAAAAAAAAUCAGUAUAUAAUGUGUUGGUACAAUAAAUGAGAGAGAUGCAAAUUGCAGUUGAACACAAACAGCAAAUAUUGCUUGUGUCCUUAAGGGUAUGUCCAGCUUCUAAAGCUGUGUCCUUAAGGGGUUAAUAUGAAAGAGAUGAAUUACGGUUGAACAGACAUAUAGUCAAAUUCCAUGUUUUUUUUACGUUUUAUUUUGAUCAAAACGUGUACAUUUGACUCAGUCCUUAACCCCUUCCCGAUCGCAGACGGAAAUUUUCAGUCAACCUUGUCCUUCAGUUAAAGACCGUUGACGGAAAAUGUCCGUCAUUUAUGAAAGUUAACCCCAGAUCGCGGGGUUAAUGGUGCUCCGGUCUGCCUCUGUUUUUUAAAGCCCUUUCUGUCCUUUAAAAAACAGUAUAUAAUAUGUGUCAGUGCAAUAAACGAGAGAGAUGCAAAUUGCAGUUGAACGCAUACAGCAAGAAAAUGCAGAAAUUGCUUGUGUCAUUAAGCGUAAGACAAGCUUCUGAAGCUGUAUUUUUAAGGGGUGAAACAAGAAGACAGGGACAGGUGUAUAAUAAAUUGUUGUAGUAAAUGAGUGUCCUUUUAAUUGUCCAGGUUUUUUUUCUGCCUGCAAAAUAUGUUUGUAUUUUCUAUUUAAAUAUUAUCCUGUAUUUUGUUGUUACAGAUUUCUUACCAAGAGUUUUCAAAAAUGAAACAAUCAAAUAGUGAAGCUAAUCUCAGAGAAGAAGUCUUGAAAAAACUUGCUGUAGGACAUGACAACUACAUUGAACUUGUAGCAAAUUUGAAAGAAGGCACAAAGGUUAUUUAACUUUUUUUUUUAGUUGAAGGAGAUUUUUAUUUUUUUUAAAUCUGCAAACUUUGUUUAUAACUUUGUGUCCUAGAUUUUACACUUUAUAUGCUGGGAUGUUUUGUUACUAUUUGCUUUUUUUGUGGGUUUUUGUAUUUUUUUAAACAUGGUUUUAUUUUGAGCACCUUAAGAUAAGACCUACCAAAAGCUAGGUGAAGAGCAGAUGACCGUAGCUCCACUGAUAUUAUAGUCAAAUUACUUUGGAAUGUUUUUUAUGAUACAUGCAUUUUUGACUCUCUGCAUGUGUUAUGGCUGGCAUUUAUUCGCUGAUAUCUUAGGGAGAGUCCCUAAUUUUUAUAUAAAAUCCAUCACAAAAAAAUCUAUUUAAGCAUUGCAAUUUUAAUGCUUCGAUUUGCCCUUUCAUACCUUUUAUUUAGUGAAACUUUUUUCAGCAUUAGCCAACACGCUCACCCUAUCAUUGGUUUCACAUUGGUAAACAUGCAUGAGAAAGGUUCAUAUCAACUGAAGCACAGAGAGUGAAAUCCAAUUGGUAAAUUAUUAAAUGCAUAAUUAAAGAUAUAGUGGAAGACCUUCGAGAAGGGGUCUGGCUAUUUUUAACAAUUAGAGUUAUUAUUGUACCUUUACGUCAAGCAGCAUUCUUGCAGCAUGCAAAUAAUCUCUUCCCCAAAGAAUAGGCAUACAAGCCUUUUACUACAUACAUGGAGGACUACAUAUCUUAUUUUACAUUUCUUAGAUAUCUGCUAACAUGGAGAUAUUCUUACAACUUAUAAUUUUGUUUUUCCCAUCUAGACUUCUAGAAACACAAUAGUCACCCAGACCACUUUUUGUCAAUGAAGUGGUCUGGGUGCAGUGGUUCUGUCACUUUCACCCUGCAAUUUAAAACAAUUGCAGUUUUUUUAUAAACUGCCAUUUUUGCGUUGCUCGGUUGAAUCCUCUUAUAGUGGCCAUCUUUCCGACUACCACAAGAGGCAUUUCCACUGCAUUGACUUGGUUAAACUUUCUUAAUAAUGAAAUUACCACACAGUGCUUUAUUUCCACCCAGGGAGCCACUAUCAGUAUUACAUUAGACUUGUGGUGGCACAACCAAACUAUAUAAAACAUAUAACCGCACAGGCUAACAAAAAAACAAUAAAAUAUUACUGCUCAAAAGGUAGGGAAGGGGAUUGGGACACAAAACUUAGCACCCUGACUUAUGCAAUGCAGGUAUAUGCAGACUUGUACAAACAUGCAAAUUCUCUAGGUUAAACUUUAGUUGUUGCACAUAUUCUAUGCAGAACAAUGGAAAUAGAGAAAUACUUUGUAAAUACUGUGAUACUGCCAGAUAGACCAUGCAUUACAGGCUAAUCCAGAUGUGGAAUAAGUUGCUCACCAUGCCUUGACGGGUUUCAUCAACACAUGAGACCCACCAAGUAUAUAACAAUUUUUAUGCGAUUGCUGCAUCUUUUGCUUUAGAAUGCCAUUUUUGCCAAUAGGGAUUGCUGGUUUACAUAGCAUAUAAUAAUCUGUUUUUCAUCAGUUAUAUGACCUAUUAAAAAAAUCUUAAUAUGGAAUUUGUUUAUCCAUUUGCUUAAAAAAGGGGAGACUUGACCAAGACUCACAAGGGCAUUGUUGAAAGUCAAGAAUUAAAUAAAAAAUACUUUAGUCGUUCAGAAAUUCAUUGACAUUACAGGAUAUGCCACUCUGCUGGUUAUAUAGGACUUGUGUUAAACCAUUUUCUUAAAGGACCACUAUAGUCACCCAGACCACUUCAGCUCAAUUAAGUGGUCUGGGUGCCAGGUCCCCCAGGUAUUUGCCCUACAGCUGUAAACAUAGCAGUUUCAGGGAAACUGCUAUGUUUACAUUGCAGGGUUAAUCCAGCCUCCAGUGGCUGUCUUCCUGACAGCCGCUAGAGGCGCUUGCGCGACGCUCAAUGCGAGCACACAGAACGUCCAUAGGAAAACUUUGAGUAAUGCUUUCCUAUUGGCGGUUUGUAUGUGCGCGCGCGGGGCUAUGGCCGUGCAUGCACAUUUGGCUCCUCUCGGGAGCUGACGUCAGAGGCGGAAGAGAGGUCAGCAGCACAGAGGGAGCCCGGCGCUGGAUUAAGGUAAGUGGCUGAAGGGGAAUGCACACAUUCUCACAUACAUCUCAUUGGCACAAUCAAUCUUUAUUUUUUAAGAGGUACAACCAGCCUCCCUCUCUUGAAAUUAGUAUUUUGUGACUUUGAACAGGGGGACAUGCAGUUAACUCUUAAAGCACUUCAGCAUGCUUAAGUGCAUAAUGAGUCUCUUAAAGUUUUCACUGUUGUGGUUUCUGCAUGGAUGACUUUAAAAUCCCAGUGAUCUGCUAAAAGCUACUGUGAAUAUGUUAGUGCAAAAUAAAUGCAAAGAUACUUUGUGAAAUGUAAAUUAAUGUAUUAGCAAAUGUUCUUAUUUUUCUUGUAGUUUUACAAUGAUUUGACAGAAAUUUUGCUGAAGUUCCAAGGCAAAUGCAGUGAUAUUGUUUUUGCACGCAAGACAGAGAGAGAUGAAUUGUUAAAGUAAGUAAUACAGGACUUAAAAUUUGUUGUCCUAUGCUUCAAGCCAGGCCUUAUAUUUACUUGCCACAGCAAGCCAAUGGAUGAUAAAUAUAAUUUUUAUAUUUUUUUGUAUAGGUAAACAAUUUCUUAUGCAUACUAAUGUAAUUUGGCAUUAAUAGUUUCUGUAUUCCCAGUUGCUGACUCAGAGGAGUAAAACAGACGUAGUAGUAAUAACCCAUGUGUUCUUGGUUGUACUACCAGCAGCUUAGUCCCUUUUCUCAGGUGUUCAGAGGAAAGAUCAGGAAUACAGCUAGUAAAAGAGAACCUGUGAUUGGACCGUUUCACUGGCUCAUGAGCAAAGGAGGGAGGAAACCCCAAAAAAGUGACCAUUAGCUGGGAAGGCGGGAGGGCUUGAGUAAUUGAGGGAGAGGGACAUCCUCUGCUUGCAGGGGAGAAGCUCAAUAUGUUUGGUGCAGUGCGUGCAACCCAGGAUGUAUUUUAUGCACAUAAUUUACAUUAGUCCAGAACAGUGUUACAUGAUGCUUAAGUCACGUGUACCAGGGAUGUAACUAACCCCCAGCACACAGGUGCAGAGUUCUCUAUAUAUCAAGCAGAACGCAGCACAUACAGAUUCCUACCACCGUUAGCCCAUCAAAUAAUUGCUUGAAGUAACCCUUUAAGAAAUAUUUGCUUUGGAAAAUAAUUCCUAAAUAUUUUGUUUCAUUUUAAGGUUGUUGGUUUUUUGUUUCAUUUUAAGGUUGUCCUUUUUAAAAAACAAAACAAAAAAAAACAACUUUUAAGCCAAUUGGCACAGUUAAGUCCUGGUACUUUAGCUACGCGGCACUAAUCUCAAAGAGGCUUUCAAUUGCUAGUGCACCUGCCUUACAAAGACUUCUAAAUCUAUGAUUGUACAGCCCCAGAAAGUCUAUUCUGAUGAAAAAGAGCUUGCAGUAGCUGCAGAUCUAGAUCUACAGGUAAUACACUGCAAUAUUUCAUGUAAAGAACAAAUAACACAUUUUUUUUUCUUUGAGGGUAUAUCUUCUAGCAUUCAAGUUCUAUUCUUGUUUUUAAAUGGCGUUGGAGAAGUCCAGUUUGAUGGAAUCUUACUAAAUAAUAAAGGGAUGUGUUUAAAUUAAAGGCAACCAGACCGCCACUAGAGACGCUUCCAGGAACUUACCAGACUUUAGGUCGCCUAACUGACACUGGAUGUCCUCACGCUAUGCAUGAGGACAUCCAGCGUAAGUGAAAACCCCAUAGAAAAGCAUUGAUUGUUUUGCUGCCUGUAUAGUAUUACUUACCUGUAAGUAAUGUACUGUGCUGAAUGUCGUUAAAAAUACAAUCCUGACUUAAAAUCAGUUUGUGAAUUGUUUCAAAUUGUUUUUUUCAGCUUCUUUUCGAUCAACAGCAGAAACUGCAAGGACUUUUUUCAGUCUUAGUCUAAUUCUAUAUAAGCUACUUUAUGGCAGAAAAACAUGAAAACUACAUAUUUAGUCAUAGCUUUCAAUGUUUCUGGUUAAAUGUGAUUUAAACCACACAAGUACUGUACAGAUUUGUUUAAGAUAAAGUUUCAGUUCUGAAUUUUUGACUUGUAUUCUGCAGAGAUUUACAACAAAGUAUUGCAAGAGAACCAAGUGCACCAUCAUUUCCUGUUGCACCAAGCUAUCAGACAACACCAUCAACCACUGCUAGCGCGUCUUCAAGUAUUCCAACACCUGCACCCCGUACUGUCUUUGUAAGUAUCAUUUUCAAUGUCAGUUUUUUAACAACUCCGUGUGUGUCUAUUUACUGUAACAUCAGAAUUCAUUUUGAGUACUAUAUUCCAUUUCUCUCGGAAACUCCUUAUUGUGUUUGUGUUUCUAGAAAACAGUACCUAGUCCCCUGGAUCAUGUAAUUAUUGGGAUUGCAUUGAGAUAGGGUUCAAAUGAAAAACUGAACUUGAAUUCAAUGGAGUAAAGUUAUUUAUCUGUUGUUAUUUAUUUAUUUUUUUUAAAGAUGUUUCUUUAUGAAUUCUCAAAUGGUUGUCAUUUAAAAUUUUCUGUAUACCUAUAAAUAUAACCUAUUUUCUUAUUCCUCUUGGGCAUCUGCCCAACUUAUGUAAUCAUUGUCCCUGUUUGAAAUUAAAACUAUCAAGUUUUCUGCUCCAGUCCUGUGAGAAUAGCAUGCAGUGUUUAUUCUAUUCUAUAUAACAUUACAAAUCUACAAAGAUUAAUGGAUUGCUGCUCAAAUACUAAUUGUAGGGUAAAAAUAAAUGAUUUUAUAAUGUGUGUGUGUGUGUGUGUAUAUCUUCAGCAUUACAGUGGCAAGGCAUACCUUUAAAUGUGUAUUUCAGGUUUGUUUUUCUUUUAAUUUAAUACUUUUAAUUUAUACUAACUGUAGUUUGUACCUUUGGUUUAUUGGCUUCUUUUUUUUUCUUUUUUUCACGGUUUACUUUGUGCUUCUACUUUCCUUGUACUUUCCAUGUAUAAAAAUGUAUAUAAUACCGUUUUUGUUAUCCCAAAUUUCAGGCCUUUUAAUUUUCGUCAUAUAAAUGAUUUUCUCUGAUCUAGCAGAACUUUUAGCUGUAGUCACAAUCAUGCUGAAGAUAUAUAUUUUUUUCAGGUAGCAUUCAGUUUGUUUGCACUGGUAUCGGAUAUUAACUGAUAUUUUUGUCAAUAAUUACAGUGCAAUACUAGAUAAGAUGUAAUACAGCAGCCUGUUCUUACAGGGAGAAAUCAUAAUUUAUUUAUUUUUUACCUUAUUUUGGAUCAGCAGUAAGAAAGGAUGUGUGAAAGAAUGAACUCCAUGUUCUUAGCCUUCAACUUUAAAUUAGCUUUCAUUUCUUUACAUAGAAAGCUAUUCUAGUAUUUACUGUCGAAAUAUCCACAAGAUCAUAAUAUUGUUAAUGGCUGAUAAGUGGACCAACACAAAAGUCUAUCAUCAUAGUCUGUUUCUGUAGGUAACUAUUUAUAUACAUAUAACUAUAUCUAUGAAUGCUACAACAACCUAAAAUUGUAUAAAACUAGGACAAGAAGAGGACAUGUUUAGCAUAUCAUAUACAUGCUUUAUAUGAAGCAACAUUUGUAUAGUGAGAACAUGUCAUAACUACAUAUACACAGACUGUGUCUGUGAGUUUAUAAAUUCAUUUGGCAGCAGUUCUAAAUUUUAGAGUAGACCAUAGCCCACAGGUGUCAGGAUUAUAGUUGAUCCAGCACGCAGAAUAGUAUCACAAAACCUAGAACUGCAUCUCUAUAGGGAAUGUUCAGCGCCUUCAUGCAUAGCGUGGAGACUCUAAAUGUAGAUGCUACACAUUGUGCGGCACUGAGAUAGGAGACACUUUAGUGGCCGUUUUUUCUCUCUGAAAAGACAGAGUUUACUUUGAAAAGCCUGCAGGGACAAUCUAUAGACACAGAUAAUUAAAGGUACAGGAAUUAAAUAAAUGUAUUCCUGACCCUAUAGUGUUAAAAACCCUAGCCCACUUACCCCCCUAAAUAUAGUAAAAUAUUAUCUUUAUUCCAGUCUGAUGGUGCUGGCUCUGCCCCUGGUCGGUCUCCUUGGAUGACAUCAUCAGAAGUGAUGAUCUGAGCCAAUCACAAUGCUCUCCCAUUAAACUGACUGAGUUUGCCAAGGAAAUGGGGCAGGAGGCUGAGCCAAACUCCACCCUGACCAAUCAGCUUCUCCUCAUAGAGAUGCAUUGAAUCAAUUAGAAAGUUCAGUGUCUCCAUGUAGAAGGUGGAGACACUGAAUGUCAGUGGGGACUGAUUAAACUCAACAGAAUAAAUAUAAGAAGCUGUAGUUGUUCUGGUGACUGUAGUGUAAACCUUAUCUGCUUAAUCUGCUUUUAUAUUGCUCUUUGGAAGCAUAUUGCUGUAUUCUGGUACAUAUGUAGUUGAGGAUUUUUUUCAACUCCAUUUACAUACAUCAGGAUUGUGUGUGUAUGUUAACAAUAUUAAUAUUAUACAUUUUGCAGAGUUGAGUAGCAAAAUGGCCAAAUUAAACACCUCUAAAAGAUCUACUUCAUAAAGAAAAUAAUCUUGUUUUUUUUAUGUUCAUCCCCAUUACAAUGGGGAAGUCCUACUACUUCAUUACCCAGCCCAAGUAUUUGUUUGUAAAGGGAACAUGCAUAGAUAGCUUUAUUUGCACAUGUAUUUUUGUAGAAUAUAGAGAUGCACAUCUAUUAAUGUGUAUUUUAGAAGAUAGUGGAUGUAGUGGCAAAUGUAUUUUUACCAUAAUGGGUCACUUAUUUUGCAAUGCAGAAGUGAGAGGUGUGAUAGCAAAUUAUUGAUUUUGUUUACACUGUAUGAUCAAUAAAUUUUUAACUUGACGCAUUGAUUAUUUUUAAUUGUGUGAUUGUUUAGCAGACUUACAAAAUUGUGUAAUGAUUCCUUGAUAUUUGUUUUUUCCUCCUUUAGUCUGGUAAACAACCACCUCCACGCCCUCCUCCACCAUCAGUACCUGCCUCUGCUCCAGCUCCUACUCCAGUUAGUGCGGCUCAAAUGAAUAAUCCAGAAAUCCCAACCGCUGCAUCAGCUCCAAUUCCUUCACAAGCUCCCUCCAACACACUACCUACACAGGCACAAGGGCCCCCUUUCCCAUCCUACCCUGGAUUUACAGGGUAAGCUAUUGUUUUGAUUUAGGUCAACAUAAUUGAUUUCAAUUUAUGGCAUGUAAAGCAGUAAGUAAUAUUGUCGGGAUGACGCAGCAUAAAUGAAUAUAUAAUGAUCAGUAGUCUAAGUAUAAAAAUGUCUAUUUGUGUAAUUUAUAUAUUUUUCUUUUUUUUUUAUUUAACAGAUAUUAUGGAAUGCAUAUGCCAGUUGGUUACAACCCAUAUAUGUAUAGCCAACAAGCCAUUUCUCCAUAUAUGUACCAACCACAAUCUGGACAAGCGCCGUAUCCAACUCAGCAGCCUGGCUACCCAUACCCACAGCAGCCUUACUUUCCACCACAAUAAAAAGUACGAUGGCUUUAAAAAUUCCUUGCUACGGAGUUUAAAAAGAAGUCUGCAAUAAGCAAACUAAACUUUUAGCACAGUUAUUGCAUUGUAUCAUACUCAAUUCUCCAUAUCUGUCUUGAGUUUUAAGAGCUACGUUUAUUAGUCUGAUUGCACCAAACUGCUGCCUACUUUCAAACACCUGGCAUCAAGUGGUCAGAAAGAAUGGUUGACCACUUACAUUUGAUGAAAAUCAACUUCUGCAAAUUGUUUUUUUUUUUUUUUAACAUAGAGUGCUGAGGUGAUUUCAAAUGUGUAGUGUCCAAAACUCCUGUAUUAUUGUUUUUGAAAUAUAAAGAUAUUUGUGGGGGUGGGGGGGAGAAACUGGGUUGUAAGUUCUUUUCUAUUUUUCUUUUUCCUUUGUUAAUUCCUUUACAUUUCUGUACUGGUAUGCUAUUUUGUCUAUUAAUCAAAGCAUUGUAAAUCAUAAUUUAAAAGAAUAAAGAGAUUACAAGUUUUCAUCUAGUUUGCUGUAUGUUUUCUUGUUAAUUAAAUGUAUACUUUUGCUUAAACCAUUUCUUGCAGUAGCUAAAUAUGUUUUUUCCCCUAAAUUAUUUGUUUUUCAAUAUAUCGAGAUCGAGGUUACUGUGGGUUUUUUAUUCACUAAACCUGAACUAUGGAUAAGGGGACAAGUGUAUUCCAAACUUUAUGUGAAAGUUUGAGUGGUAUUGGUGUAUACAUCAUGCCCCAUGCUGUUCCAUUAUUAUUUUUGCUACAAAUUUGGAGUUAAAUCACUUUGUUUUUGUAGUGCUAUCCACACCUGCCCUGGCUGAGAGUCACAGAGCCUUUGUACACACUUCCUGAAAAAUAGCUUUUCUUAUUGCACAGUCUGUUUCAUUUAACUCCUGCUCUGUUAACCCCUUAACUACCCAGCACAUUUUGAUGGAAAAUUUUAGCAUAAUAUUUAUUUGAAGCAAGGUAUGCUUUAUUAGGAGAUAUUUAUAUGCUAGCUAUGUAACUUUGUGUAUGGAUUGCUUUGCAGACAAAUUUAAACAUUAAAAAUAUAUGUAAAUUUACACAAUUUUUCUUUCUUAUUUGUUCAUCCUUUUUAACCCCUUAAGGACGGAGCCAAAUGUACACGUUGUGAACGAAACAAAAUGUAAACAAAACCUGGCAUUUGCGCUACACGUCUGUCCAACCAUAAUUCACAUCUUUCAUAUUAAAUGCACCCACCCUUAUUAUAUAUCAUUUUAUUCAGGGGAAACAGGGCUUUCAUUUAAUAUCAAAUAUUUAGCUGUGAAACAUA